AGAGAAAAGGGACAUGUUAGAAGCUCGCAGGGCCGCGGAACAGCACGUACAGACGGGGUAACGGACACCCUUUCAGAGAUGGGCUACUUCGCCCAAAGAGGAAGGAGACGAAUUUGAACAGUGUAUCUACAUCCUGGGCUCGGUGUGGUGUUUUUGGACGCUUGUAUGCAGGACUUAUUUAAUGUUUAAAAAUGUGGGAGAUGGUGUCGUUACCGAGAGCGAGCUCUCCCUUCCUGUCGUCUAGGACAAGAUGGCAGCAAUGCAGGCGAACUGUACAUGGUAUGGAUUUAUAAGUCCAUAACAUGUUCAGAGAAGCCCUGGAUUAUACUUAUACUGACUCUAUGUGAAGGUAAGUUGUCGAAAGAAAAAUGUUUACGAUAAAAUGGUGUUAGUUCAGCAUUUGAAACGGUACUUUACAUGUGACGUAAUGCAAAGUCAUAAUAACUUAGUAGCAAACUUAGCUAGCGAGCUUUUUGGCUGUAUAUGGUUUGAACAUUUGCUUCGUACGCAGCCUGCUCUGUCAGCACUUCUCCAUUUAAUACUCGAAGUUAACACUUUUUACAACCUUUCCAAACUACAGUGAUGUUAAUAGUUAUUGACAAGUCCGUUUUAUUUGACGCUCUGUGGUGUUUGCUGUUCGUAUGUUGUUGUUAAAACAUGUUGCUUGGAUCUCAUAGACACACACACACACGCACACACACGCACAGCCGCUGGUACAUUUUUGCUACACGAACACACCCUAUAUGGAUAAUAUGGACCGAGGGACUUUAACUUGUCUGGCCUUCAUGAUUUCCUCAACACUCGGCUUUGUAAGUGACAAAACUGGGGAGAUAGUUUUCACAUCAAUCGCAUUUUCUUUUGACAACUUUUUCGUUUUUUGGACACGGAGAAUAAGGCAUGCUUUGUUUUGCCCGUUCAAAGGUUUCAAAAAUAGAUUUUAUUGUCGCCUGCUGCAAUAAUUCCCCCACUGAAGCGACCUUUGCAGCUGCGUUUUUUUACGUGUUUAUCGUGGCUGCUGGGACUGACUGUACGCCCUAUCUCAACUGCGAGCUGACUUUAGCUGCGCGAGCUAGCUGGUUAACUCUGCAUUCACGUGCUUCUAGGUUGCUCGGAUUUUCCAGGUUGAGAAAUCUUUUAUCUUCACUUCAAGUAAAAGGAGACUCUCAAAAUAAGGAGUUUGUCGUUUUUUAAAACAGAAUGCAACAACUGAACCUCGACAAAAACUAAUGUUGACAGAGUUUCGCUGUGUUGAAGUUGUCAAAUACGCCCAGAACUUCAUUUGCAAUUCCCAGAACAGUGUUUGUGACAGCUAUUUUAUUGAAAUCUGUCCCAAAUAACUUUCAGAGACAUAUUUUGUUGGACAACAGAGAAUUGAAUUUCCCUUCAGGGAUUAAUAAAGUUAUUCUUAUUCAAUUGUCCUAAGUUGAUGAACUCCUGGUAGUAUUCCACUUUGACUUGGUAUCAUCUUUUUGGUAUACUUUUAUACUGAAACGUGAAUAUAUCUCUGGAAAACUGGACGCAGCCUCUAGCCUAAUCCUGAUCAAUGUUUGUAUUGUCCGUUAACGCUCUGAAGUAAUUCUGUUCUCAGUGGUUUACUCUUUCUUCAUAGACUUAAGUUGCAGCAGCAAAUUACACCACAGCUUUUAUUUUUAGACCAACACUGUAGGAAGGAAAAAAAAACAACAUAAAACUGCCCAGUGGCUUUGCCUGCCAUGUCAGCGCAGCCCAGCCAGUCAGAAACACUUUCUAGACAAUGGCCAAAAAGAGGUGUAGCAACCUUCCAUAGGAGUUAAUGUGGCGUUAAUCAUGAACAUAGUCAGCUUUAAUAAUCAUCUUAUGUCAGUGAUGGUUUAGUGUUAAAAGGAGGUAUGGGUUUAAUAUUUAAGCCAAAACAAAAAUAUGGUAUAAUUGUUUGAAAGGUUGUUUGUCAGUAGCUGUUCGUGGGGCAGGGAGGGAACUGUUACACUGUGUUCCUUGCCUGCCUAGAACUCACAAAAAUAGUCAAACUGGAAAUAGAAAUUCAAAACACUUUGGCCUUUAGAGUGAAAAGUUCAUGCACUUUUCAUGCCUUAUUGUCUGUCCAGUAUGAUUGUAGUACGUCUUCCUUUGUCGGAGGGGUUGGCAUUUGUUUUGCUGUUCUUUGAUAAGCUGAGUAAUACCAAUGCAUUAAACAUUAAGGGGAAGUUUUGGUUUGGUUCCUGAAACUGGACCAAAGAUCACAUCUGUUCUUAAUUUUUUUUCUUUUUAUAAUCGGGAACAAUACUUUAAUACAGAAUCUGAAAACCUUUCAGCCAGGGUUUAUCUAGAUUUUGUCCGAGUUACAUAACGCCUUGAUAUUUGUUCUUGCAAGGACAGAUUAGCUGGUUUGAAAGUUUCACAACCAACUGUCUCUUUGAAACAUUUAUGGUUUUGAACCACGUACAAGCUUUGAGUACACCUUGAGUAAAGUGCAGCCCUGUACUGUUACAUUUUGGUGAUCUCUCUUUAAGUGGAUACUCCUGUCUUCUGUACAUGUGUCACAUUCUUGAUCUUAUCAGCAGCAAGGCCAAAUAAGCAAGGUUGUGGGUGAUAAUGAGACCAGUAAUUCAGAGGAGAGUCAGCACACAGUGGCCAGUAAACAAACAGAGUAGUAAACACUGUUUUCCCAAACAGUAUUACAAGGUAAUGGUGGUUGUUAAGAGAGAUGUGGAGGCAAUGGCUGUGGAACGUAUGUGUUGUCAGUGUCACGUGACACCAUGCCGCACUGAUCAGCCAUACUUAGAACCACUGGUUAUUCUCUUUACGCUGAGGCCAACCUUAAGUCUUGUUUUCAAGUGAUGUCAUGUUAAAGUGGGCGCGUAGAGUCACAGCGAUAAAUAAAACAGAAUGAGGCAGAGUUUAUCGAGAGAUCACCACAGUAAGAAGAUAUAGUGCGGUAACCUGCAUGAAUCACAAGUGAUGGGUGGAAAAUAUCCAAUAUCCCAAGGAGUAAACAUCUGUUCCAUCACAUCGUACAGUACAUUAUUACUUUUAUCCAUCCUGUGAUCUGGUCAGAGCCCUUGGUUUUUAAUAACACGGUCGAUGCUUUUGUUGUGAAACUGUUGAGGGAAAAAUACCUGGUUGAAGCUAAAACAGCUCUCUCUGCUGCUCUCUUCAUAGCUCGUGUAAUGAAAGGUGAAACAGCCCGUGCAGCUCUAUGAUCACUACUUUGCUGAUCGAUAAAGUGCUUGUUGUGACAUGUAGUAUUUCAGUGUGCAGCUUGAUGACAGCUGUUAAAACAUGAUAGUGGUGAGAAACUGGUCGCUUCAGCUGCUUAAUGCAUUACUUAUCUUUUGCUAACAGUGCACAUUGAUGAAGUUACACUGGUAUGUGCCUCUUACUUAUUCUUAUGAUUUAUUUAAGACAUUUUCAUUGUUGAGCAAAUGGAAAAAAAGUCACAGCAGAAACACAAAUGCUCCUGCUCUGUUGUUAUGUAAUCAUUAUGUGUAGCAGAAAAAAAUUCACUCUUCCUUUAGCCCUUGUUAACAGAACUUAGUUUUCCUUUGCUCACUAGUUAGCGUAACAGUGUAUUGUCUGUGUAUAGGAGCUUAUCCAACAAGAAGAAUACUUGAAACUCACAGUCAUAAGUUCAGUCUAAAUACCAUGUGGUCACAUGCUGUAGAAAAUAGAGGGCCUUUUUAUCUAAUGAGCAUAGAACAUCAUGUUCAUGAGACACACGUGUGCAGUGAGGUUGUUGGACUGUGAGGGAAGACCACAGCCCAUGCUUAAUGCCCAGGGGAUAGCAACAGCAUGAACUUAAUUUAUAUUUUAUCUGCAAGGAAACGCACUUACCCUUUUAUUAAAACGGCUAUAGUGUAAUUUAGCUACGUUUGUUUCUAUUGCAGGAAAACAAUUUAAUGUAUGUACAUCAAAUUCUGGCUAAAGAGCUGUACUCGUGCGGUUAAAAAAAAAAGUUGUGUAAUCCGUGGAAAAUCCCUGGCACUGUUUGCUCAAACAUAAACGACCAGCCCGGAAAAGUACAGGAAGACUAUAAAGAAGGAAGACAAACUUCCAGCUUUGGUAAACACCAAGAUUGCCAGUUGUGUGGGGAAUAUUUCAGAAACAUUUUCAGCAAGUGUGUGAUAGUUAUGCAGGGCUCACAAGCACAAUAAAGUUAAUAGUCUGUGUUUUUGAGUGAAUAAUUCAUCAAACAUAUAAGUGUGUCCAAUAUGAUAUUUUUAUAAUUUUUUUUAUCAUCUUCUGCAUUCGGUCAGCUUUCAGCACAGAGAACAGAGCUGCGCAAAUAAAAAGCAUGAUGCAAGGUGAUGAUAUCACCCAGCCUGCUUCAUGAUCAUCUGGCCUGUGACAAAAGUGUGAAUGCUUAAUGCGUCUGUUUUGAUAUUCUGUAGGAUGGUAAACAUUUAUAGCUCGCAUGUUCCAGAGUCUUAGCUGUACCGAUCACAGCAACACUUUCAGAUUUAGCUGUGAAGUCAAACCACGUGGCUAUGAAUAGUUCCUACAGCUGUGUAGGAGGGGUGUACAUAUGCCGCACAUUCACAUAGUUUAGGGUCCCACUUCCUCUUACUUUGACUAUUACUAAAAUAGAUAGAAUGAAGAAACUAUAUGGAGUGUCAUUGAAGUGCCCCCUAUUGAACAAACGUUGAAAUGAUUACUCUGCGUUUUGUUUAUUUUUUCUCCCCAACAUGGUGUGACUGUCAUCACCUGUUCGUCCUUUCACUCAUCACUAUCACAUCUGCUACUCUGAACCAUUUGCUCAUUGUGAACAGGUGUCCAGUGUUGUUUUUUUUUUUCUUCUUCACAUUUUAAAAUUUGAGUUGGCCAGGGUCAAAAGUUCAACUGCAAGCAAUUACUUAGCUGCUCAAGGUUGCUGGAGAGGCUCUAUGGUUUGGAAGGUAAUGUGAUGCUGCAGGAGGAGCCUCAUGGUUAACAGAGGGAGUGUACGGCUUCAGAUGGUAAUAAUAGAAGCAGCUGCCAUUCUUGUGCCUUUGAAACAACAGACGCUGUCUACUUUACUUCCUUGGGUCAGAGUUCUCCUGACCAUUUAGUGAUUACAUUUGUAUGGCCAGGAAAAAUAACAGAUUCCCGAGCUACGUUUCUUUAAAUAGGAUUUGCCUGUUGUAUAACACUAAGCUGGUACUCAAAUCUAGACGCCUUGAUUGCUCAAUUGGUGACGGUUUCCAAUUGCAGGCUUUCUCCAUCUAGGACCUCUGGAACAAUAAAGCAUGCACUCCAUCUCCAGAUCAGUGAAUACCCAGCCCCCCCUGGCAUGGACAGGAAACUCAUUUCAUAAAUGUGGUUUUUUAUGUGGCAAAUUAAAGCAUUUAUUCAACUCAGCUCAUGUUUUUCUCCCUCUCAACAAUCCCCAGAAGCACAGCAAGCACAUACUUGUUGCUCUUGACUGCUUACAAAGGGCCGUCAUAUCACAUGUCCACAGCCCUGUUGUAAAGUAAGGUUUUAAAUGUGUUAAUUGAGGUUGAUAAAUCCUUGAAGGGGAGGAGAGACUCUUGCUUUUCUCAAGAGUAAACAUCAACAUUACUUUGAAUGCCUUCUUCUUGGCAUAGUUUAGACAAACAGCAGAUGAGAGCAAGUUGUCAUGAAAUUUGGCUCAAACUGGGCAGGGACAUGAUUGGUUACGAAGUUGAAAGGCAGAACUUGUACAUAGAGGAGGCUCUGUCUGUAGAGUCUGCACUUGAAGUGUCUUGUAAUUGUCUUGGGUGUGUCUCCUGUGUACGUAUGACCGUCUGGGCGCUGCCCUUGCCUGGGAACCUUUGGUUAAGCUCUCGGCAUGCUUCCCGAAGGAAGACACACUGUAACUUUAAAGGGCGAUAUUCGAGCAAGUCUCUCAAGUCGUACCUUUGAGUUGUCUUCUCCCCCUGUAGGAUAAAAUUAAACAUGCACGAUCUGUAUCGGCAGCUGAAGACUCAAUAAUGUAAUUAAUCAUAGUAUCAGCAGAUAGGAAGAUUUCUGACAGUUUAAUGUGACUGAUAUGGUGACAUAUCCAUCAAGCACACACAACGACAGCUUUUGUGUGCCAAAAACAAGCUUGAACGUGUCUGUAUGAAAGUAUUUUCAAGUACCGGAAACAGACAGCAAAAUAGUUGCAAUACUUGUAAAAUGCAGGUUAUGGCAUGAAGAGCAAAAUAACACUCUGUUUUUCUUAUCCUAUCAAUAACUGUGCAUUUUAAGAACUGUUCUGAUGACCAGCACUAAGGCUAUGUUCACACUGCAGGUCAGUUCCGAUUUUUUUAACCAUAUGUGACACAUAUCUGAUUUUUUCAUGUAAGUGUGAACGGUGCACUUCUGAUUUAUUCUAAUCCAACCCAGGCCUCUUUUGUAUGUGGAUAUAAAUCUGAUAUGUAUCCGAUGUGACUGCAGUGUGGAUGCUCAGGUCGCGUUCAUCCGACCUAUACGUCAUCAAUAUAUUCGACAAACGUCACCAUUGUUCAACAACACAAACAGGCGCGGAGAGCAACAGCAGACCAGGGAAUGGAGAACAGCCAGUUGUGCAUAUGGGGGUCACUUCAUGAAAGCAUUAGAUGCCGUAUUCGUUGUUGUAAUGUGAACUACCGCACAAAAAGAUCAGAUUUAACAAAAAAAUCCGAAUUGUGCAUCAUAAGCUGCAGUGUGAACGUAGCUGAAGAGUUUCUGAAAAGUGAAAAACAAAAAGUCAAAAACUUAACAGGCUUCUGAGAACCAGCCCUUCAACAUGGUGGAAAAUGCAGCUAACCACAGGCUAAUAAUGUCUUUGUAUUGGUAUCAAUGUUGGUGUUGAAAUCGUCAGUGGUCAAAAUGAGUUUGAAAAUAUCGGCAUUUCAGAUACUAGCAACAAUCCUCUAUCAUGUUUCAUUAAUAAGUAUCUUUAUGUAGAAGAAAAAAGCAUAAACUAUCGUCUGUUAUGAUACCACCUUUAAACAGCGUGAAAUAAUGCACUCAAACAACACAAGGUUUCCUCUUGUUGUCAUCUUUAAAUCUUGUUUGUUUUACAACAGUUUUUGAUUUGUUUUUUAAGAGGACAAAGAAAAAAGGGGACCCGUUUUUUUAUUGCACACCAACAGGCUGAUCAUCAACAGAGAGCCAUGUGCAACAGCAAACAGUGAUGUUCCAGAUUUAGAGAGGCACAUGAUGGGUAAUUGCAGUACUUGUGAGCGCAUGCACACGUUCACAAAGCCUGGUGCGAGAGGCAUGUUGCCAUCUCUUUCCAUUUUGUGAACAAUUGGAAUGAGCACAAAAGUUCAUGCUCCUUCGUUUUAAAAAAAAAAAAACUCAAACCACUCCUGCAGCAGAACCUGACUGUUCUGCUGUUGAUCACUGUACUCCAAACAGAUAACUUCUUCACAACGUAGGCACAUGUGCCAAUGUUGAUCCCUCCUAUCUGUGAAGCUGUGACAGAAGAAGUGUAUUUGGCAACUUAAAUCUGAAGCGAGGACACCGUGUUAGUAUUAAAAAAACAGGAAAAACGGUGUAUUACUCCUGCAAUAACGGGUGCAUUGCUUUUUGCCGAAGUGUCUCGUUUUGAAACUGCCAUUUGGGAGUGCCAAAGUCAGAAAUUGUACAAUUGUGCACAUAAUGCCUGUAAUGGAAUAAUAGAGGCCAUGGCAAGCCGUAAAUUACAGACAACACACCAUACAUUUAGGCAAGUUAGCAACCGGCCCAACAACAAUUAAGAAAAUCUCUGCAAACACCGAGUGAAGGAUCAGGUACUCCAUCUGUGUCUGGGGUAACAUAAAGAGACAGACAAAAAACAGGCAGUAAACUCUCACUAUCCAACCUGCACGCAGUUGAGCUGAACACUAUUCCACACUGAAAACUGAACAUUAACAUUACAUAAUAAUUAAAAUAUGGAUGUAAUUAAAAUAUGUAAAUAAGUCAAAUCGGGUGAUCACAACCUUUCAGCUGUUUGGAUAAUGUGGUCAGCUUUCUGUCUGGACAGCACAGACGCAUGUUUGUAGGUGUGCCAGUGAAGCUAAUUUCAAUCUCCCCAAGGAGCAUCUCCAUUUUUUUUGUUUUUAUUCACAGCUAAAGCAGUUGCCCUUUCUAGUCCUGCUCUGGAUAAUGUGAUAAGUGUUUCUAACGGAGAAGACGGUAAACAGUGACACCAAACAGAAACAGAGGGUUUGAUUGUGCACGGAGCUGUCAGGGGAAUUGGUUGACCUUAUCUUGCUGCUCAGAAUAGAGUCAGAGUUGAGGCUCACACCGUUUGUGUUAUCAUAACACAAGUGUGUUUUCCAUCAGGGAUAUUUAUUUUAGGAGACUCUACAGGGGCACUCACAGCCCAAAACCUCGCUCACUUCUCUGUCACUUUUAGAAACAAAUCCUUUUUAAAGAAUUAAGGAAAAUAAUUGUAAAAACUGUGCUACAGGACAUUUCGACAGGACGUUUCAAUACGCAGCAUCCUGAACAUUGAAUUUUCUAAUUUGGUUGAUGUCAACAUGUUUGAUGAAAUGCACUAUUUAUUGAUGUGUGGGAUUCUUUCAAGGUAGCUUAAUGUGCAAAUGUCCUCCUGAAUGGAAGUAGGUCAAAGGCUCCAUCCACUCGGGCACACAGACAGGGUCUGAUAAGGUUAUGGAGCCAGUUUUGAAUGUGGAUUUUGACUCCUUAUUUUACUCCUGCAGUUGUUUGUCCUGGUGUGUCUUCAUCUGAGUUAUAGAUGUUUGAAAACGAUUGAGAAAGGGAUUGAUGUUCCCUCACACAAAUAAACACACACAUGAUGGGGGAAGAGGGAAAAAAAAACAUGUCUUAGGUAAUUGGACACGUGGGCCUGAUGAUGUGACUUUAUUUUUCUCUCUUUGUGUGUCUCUUAUCCUCGCUCCCGCUCUAUUGGUUGCCUAGAGACCCACAGUAGGAUGCAGUGAAAUGGCAGGAAAAGGUCAGGCAAACCUUUGAGAAGUUAGUCAUCCACUGUGUGGAGGUGUUGGUGGGAUUGCAGUGGAUAGGGCUGAACGGCGAAGGUGUUUUCAAGCACUCCUCCAUAACAUGUUAUUUUGCCCCAAUCUGCUUGUCACAUGCUGCUGUGGUGCCAGGGGUACAGGUGGAAAUGAUGCCCCGCUGGAUGUGAUGUCAUCUUGUCUGUGAAAUGAAAAAUAUAUUUGUGUUGGUCUUGUAUUUUAGAUUCCAUAUAAAUUAAAGUUACCUGAGAACUGUAGAAAAAAGACCAGAAUUUAGCAGAAAUCUGGAUGAUGGUUUGAUUUUUAAAAAUUCAGACCAUAGGGGUUGAUAGUGUUUUUUUUAUGGUAACAUUCAAAUGAACAGAGGAGCCUGAUUCGCGUCCACAUGUCUUCAUCUGUGUUUAAAAAGGCGUUAUGUUAUUUGUAUUGACAUUUCCAUAUUUCUCUUUGUCCGCAGGUAUGGCCUCACAAGUCUUGGUCUACCCACCACACAUUUAUCAAACCCAGACAAGUGCCUUUAGCAGUGUGAAGAAACUCAAAGUCGAGCCCAGCAGCUGUGUGUACCAUGAGAGGGCACACCCGCGGACUUAUCUGAACAGCAGAACCCUUGGAAUUGUGCACCCAACAAAACAAGCCCACUCGAUUGUGAGCCGAGACUUGGCUGUGGGCGUGAAAGUGCGUGGAGGGCAAGAGUACCCGGUGCAGACAGUGGUUGUACGUGGCGUACAGAGACAACAGCCCAGUAAAAGAGGAGGAGGAGGAGGCGGCGGCGGCGGAGGAGGAGCAGGCCCAGCUGCGGCCCAGCAGCGACAGGACGCAGGGGUUGUCCACUCGCAGGGCAAGGAGCAGCAGCAGACAGACACAGCAAGUGGGGGCAGCAGUGGAGCAACAGGAGCAGGAGGAGGGGGAAGGGGAGAGGGCUGCUGUGGAGGAGGUGAGGGAGGUGGAGAGGAGGAGGAGGAGGGCGACAGAGAAGAGAACUGUGGAGGUUUGAACUCAGCUGACAGCUCUCAGCGAUGUGGGCUGAAACGUAAAAGUGAGGAGCUGGAUAACCGAGGGAGCACCAUGCAGAUUGUGGAGGAACUGUCAAUGUUGCCUGCCAUGUUGCAAACGACGAAUGUGGGGAACGCAGCCAUGACCGCGCCUGCGGCGGUGGGGGCUGGAGGAGGUCCCUCAAAACAGGGUGUAGGGCCUGGGGGUGCAGCAGGAGGAACAGGAACAGGGGAUGGGGACUAUCAGGUAGUACAGCAUGAAGUCCUGUGUUCCAUGAAGAAUACCUAUGAAGUGCUGGAUUUCUUGGGGCGCGGCACAUUCGGCCAGGUUGUAAAGUGCUGGAAGAGGGGCACAGGUGAGGUUGUGGCUGUGAAGAUCCUGAAGAACCACCCCUCUUAUGCACGGCAGGGUCAAAUAGAAGUGGGCAUCCUGGCUCGUCUGAGCGGGGAGAAUGCGGACGAGCACAACCUGGUGCGAGCCUUUGAAUGCUUUCAGCACCGCAGCCACACCUGUCUGGUGUUUGAGAUGCUGGAGCAGAAUCUGUAUGAUUUUCUGAAACAGAAUAAGUUCAGCCCACUUCCCCUGAAAGUGAUCAGACCUGUCCUACAGCAAGUAGCAACGGCUCUGAAAAAGCUGAAGAGCAUGGGUCUGAUUCACGCAGACCUCAAGCCGGAGAACAUAAUGCUGGUGGACCCAGUGAGACAGCCCUAUAGGGUAAAGGUGAUAGACUUUGGCUCAGCCAGUCAUGUGUCCAAAGCAGUGUGCUCCACGUACCUCCAGUCUCGGUACUAUAGGUGAGUAAAAAAAGGUUUUUUUUGUCCCUUUUAAAGAAAAAAAAACAACAACAACACAUGACUGAUUUUUGUGGAUUUUAAAAGAAUGUUUUCCUGGGUUUGUGUCCAGACCGACAAAGUCAGGUUUAGAAAAUAACCUUCCUCUAGAACACAAGGAAAUGUCUCCCAUACUGCACAACAUCCUGCCUGUUUAGGAGCCACAUACCACAGACUCUGAAAAAAUGUGACCCUGCAGUGUUUACCAGCAGACUACAGGCUUACUCUUCAUGUUGUGGGAAAGAAAAUUCUGCAGAACUCUGACAUGAUGUGAAAGUCAAAAGUCUAAUUAAGUGCGCGGUAUUUGCAUUCAGGGCAUGGGCUCGGGGGUUCCGACACCGUUAUGAUAAAACGCAGGAAUAUUUGGAAACUGACAAUAAUAUGAAGUGUGAGUGUUUGAACAAGUUGAGAAAGGCUGAGAGAGAAAUUACGAAAUGCCAUUCCUCACAUAAGUAUACUGUCAGGGGCUCCUGGGUAAUGCUGAAGUUUGUACAGUAACCAAAUGUUUACUUUAGAAGGAUGCUUGUGUUUCCUGAUGUUUUUGGAUAUGCACUAGGAAAACUGGCAGGAUGAGUUUUGUUUGGCAUUUUGUUGUGAGUGCUUUGGUUUGAUUAAAACAAAAAAAACAGGCCUGAAAUGGUAUCAACUGUUGCAUAAGAGGGAGGAGUGACCCAGUUCACUCGAUUUGUACCUUACCUUGGUUUGCAUACAGACUCUUGGGUAAAAAGUAAGAAAAGUAAGUGUGGAAAGUUAAGUGUAUAUCAGCAUUUAGGUCUCUGAUGUAUUAUUCUGGAGUCAUCUGGGAUUUCAGGUUCCUCACCGAAAGACGUGACUGGUGUAACACAGAUAUAAAAAAACAAAUUUACUUAGAAUGAAGGAAGAAAGUAAUCUGCAGAGUGAAAUGAGGAGAAUUUCAGGGCAUCUACAGGCUAAAUGAGAUGAUACUUUUCAUCUCCAGGUGUUCAUGCGAAUGUUUGUUACGAGCUCGAACCCAGCUUAGUCUGUUUUGAAUUGGUAGCAGUGAGGCGUGUUAAUUGUUUGGGUUUAUUAAGCAGCAGCACAUGCACUCCAAAGCAUCAUGCUAACAGCAAAGUAUAAUCUAAAAAGUAUGAUCUAGUUACAAUUCCUGCCAAUGAGUCACUUUUUGCUGUUGAUCAGCUGCAGCUAAGACUCUCUCUCUCUCUCUCUCUCUCUCAUUAAGUCUCUUAACCCUCUCACUGCUUUCAAGCCACAAACUUUUUUUUAAUGAACUCUCAGUUUUAACCUGCUGUCUGAUAGCUUGUGCCGUAGAAAUUCAUCAUAUUCUGAAUUUAUAAAUCAACAGAGUUUAUUUUUAAAGCCCUGAACAAAACUAAUAAUGUCGGUGGUGUUAGAUUAAACGGUAGAAAGGAUACAAAUUCAAAGUGGUUUAAGUAAAAGAUCUUAUAAAACAUGACCUUUUCAGUAUGAGGAGUGGAGUCCUGCUUUUUGCCAACACCAGUCCCAUCCCCGAUGAGUGUUUGAGUGUGUUUCCGUCACAGUAACUGUGGAAAUGCAGUUGUUUCUAAACUGAGGAAGUUUUGGACCUUCUCCAUUUUCUCACUCCAGGAUAUGAAUAAGUAACAUUGUUGUGUCUUCUUCGCUAAACAAUCAGACUCCCGACAUGACAGUUCCACGAUCUCUCACGGCUUAACUUGUCAACGCCGUGCGAGAGGAGAUGCGUUUUUCCACCUCGAGCUCUACAUAAUGCAUCCAAUCAGCUAAAGGUUUUGAUCUCAUCAUGCCAAUUCUUGAUUGUUGCACAAAUAGUAUGACUAAUGGUGGUUAAAUAAUUUCAAUUCAAACCCUGGCAGCUGGUAUGUUCAGCAGAGUCAUUCAGCCAGUUUAUGUCAUAACCAACUCAUUAGCUACCACAUCAUUACCACUUUGUUGGACCAAGCCCAGGAGGUAUGGGAAGAACUGUGACAGCUAAUAGAUUAUUCAGCUAACAGUUACAUACAGAAUAGAUACCUGCUUAGUGCUUUCUCUCUGCUCUGUCUUAGUAAAAGUUAGAGAUUGUGCCAUACCAAAGCAAAAGCGUCUUCUACUCAGUCAGUGAAAACAAGGCGUGUUCAGCUACAUGGAGCUCAUCAUAGCGACAUGCCUGUACGGGCUGUUUUCAGUCCUCCGUAUGAUGUAACUGUUUCUGGUUAACCCCUGCACCUGUUUACACUCGCCAUGUUAUGUGUCACGCUUCAUUUGCACUUUGGUCAAGCAGAACGUUCCUAAAUGUAACUCACUGUAUCUUUCACAGUCCAAGUCUAUUUGCACAGGUAGAUAGUUUGUCCUGUGAAAGUUAUAGAGCAACCGUAUCUGUCGCUAAAUGUUCUUGAGUCUCCAGCGUUUGCAAUGUGGAAGUGAGGGUACUUACUUGAAGAACUUUAAGCCAAGUAAUGAGAUUAAAAACACAAUUAUGAAUUAAAAAAUGUUAACUGUGCUAAAAUAAUCUGCAAAUUCCAGUUUCUUUGAAUAUUGCCUAAAUAUGACCUUGAAAGCUGAAGUUCUACAAUGGUGUAUCUAUGAUGUAUAAUAUAAUCAACCAAAAUACAAGUUUAAGGGCGCGUUCACACCACCCUCAUUUAGUCCGGUUGAUCCGAACCCCGGAGCGUUUACCCCCAAACUCUGGUGUGGACCAAAUAAACCAACUCUGGUCCACCUGAAGAGGUGGUCUCGGACCGCUAUCAAGUGAACUCUGGUGUGGAUGACGUUCACACCAGAAAUAAACUGCUCCAAUCACAGAAAACACACCACAUACGUCGUUAAUGCCUGUCGUCGUCUCGUCUUUAUCCGUGCAUUGUUUGCAGCACGCCUACUCCGGAGUGUAUUAAUUAACGCCGAAGUUCGCGCUCGCUGGCUAACGAGCCGUUCAUACGCGCAAUCGACUAGUGUCUUUUGAAACGCGCUCCAUGAGUAGCGAAACCAAAAUCAGCCUACGAUGCUCCAUGGCAGGUGAAGACAGCAGAGCGGGGUUUGUCUCUCCGCAUAAACUAAUGACCAAUAACCAAAGGAUAUUUGCGGUCACGUGACUUCUGGUUCUGUUUUCUGAAGCGAUUGAGUUUGUCCUUAGUGAACGCAAACUGGACCAGUUAAACAAUCAAAACAAAUGUAUCGACUUGCCUUGGAUUCGAAUCAGGAAACGGACCUUUAGGUGUGAACACGAACUAAGUAUUAGAUGAAAGUGGUGAUGAGAAUCUGCAGCAGUAGCUACACAGACGUUAUGGUCAGAUUGACUCUGGCUGCAGAAAUCCGUCCUAUAUAAUCCAACAUUUAACAUAAGAGGUAAGCUCUCCUUGUUUUCUACCGUGCCAGCAGCUCUUCCUCUGUGAUGACAUACUACAAAGGGUAUGAUGAAAUCUCUGCAUCAGCUUGAUGCGAGGGAGUGAUUGAUAUAGUUUGUGGUUUUUCUCCUCCAGAUGGUGAAAAGUUUUUUUUCUUUUCUUUUUGUUUUCACACAGUCAACCUUUUGAUGCUCGUGUGUCAUUCUAGCCUUCCUUUUCAGUCGUUACCUCCGUCACUCUUAUUCAUAGUUUGGAUUUAUCUAUUAAAGCAGUGAAUAUCAGUCAGCUUAUACAACAUUGAAAAAAAAUAGUUUUAAUGUGACUCUAUAAUCAGCACCAGAGUUACAUACAGAGAAUUUCGAACCAGACUUUGAUAUUUAAUGAGCAAGUGUUAACAGAGAAGCGCACCUACCGCUCUGACACCAGCUUUUCAAAUUUGAGCAGAUUAGUCUUGAACAUCGGGGUUGUGGAGUUGGGAAGAAGUGAGCAGGAUUUAUGAGCCACAUUCAGGUCAGUGCCGGCUGUUUCAGUGAAAGGCAUUUACAUGGCAUUUGAAUAAUUCUCACUGCUUGCACUCUGAGCAAGUGAAGCAGUUUGCUGUGACUGGAAUUAAAACUCUGAAAAUAGAUGAUUUUAUAUCUGUUAUCUAUUUGCAUUUACUGAAGCUAUUCUCACCGACUGGAGUGAGGAGACAAUGCUGUCUUUUACUUUCAUUAGCCAUAGCUUUUAGAAGCUGUUUAAAAAUACUUGUCGGUGACAUAAUAAUUAGAUUCUACUUUCAUCUGGCACAUGAAUGGAUCCAUCAUUUUGUGAAUUUGUCGUAUUGUUGUAAAUGCACUUUGUCUCAGGAAGUGGCUCAAAAUAGAACUGCCGUGUGGGGGAGGAAGUAAAAGAGCGCAGCUGCUUCAACUCUUUGUCAGUUCUGUCAACCUCCAGCUUUGGUGACCAGCACUUUCUCACAGGUCUUUAAAAGUGUUAUAUUUUGGUACAACAAACUUGACAUCAGUACCAUUUCUGAUAUGAAAGUGCAUAAAAGGAGGGUGUUAAUAAGGAAGCAGGCGGAGUACUAAAUGUGUACUUCACUUUUCCUGUAUGUUAAACAGCCUACAGAUCGUUGGAUAAGGUUGUAGAAAAGAGAACUGUUCAUACUCAACGUACUUUCACUGACUGGCUAUGAAUAGAGAUGAAGUUUUGAUGUCAGUGCGUAGUAGUAUAUAUAAAAGUACUUCAAGACCUCGGUUAAUUCAUCAGGAUGCAGUUGUAGAACUAGAUUUAUAAUUUUCUGUCAGGGUUGUUUCGUUCAUGAGUCAGUAAUAUGAAGUAGAAAUGCUUUGUAAAAAUGUUGUUUCUCCUGAGCUUGUGCCUCCUGGCUGACAGCAGCAUGCAAAGCAUACUGCGAGGGGACAUCGUUGCCGAGGCUAGGAGUGAAGAGUUGCUUUAAAUAGCUCUUGGGACUCUGGCCAGUGGGCUUUGACUUCUAUAGAUGGUGAAGCACAUAGGCAGCCAGAAUGAAAUAAGGACAGCUUGAAAUACAAGAGAGCUCUCACUUACUUGUUCAAGGUCAACCAGCACUAACGUCAGCUGUUUUGAUUUUCGUACGUCCGUAUGUGUUUGUGUAUCCAGCACGCAGCACAUUUGUUUGCAAGUGAGUCAAAGCGGCUCUCGUAUACAUCAAAUCUAUUAGCCACUCAAACCAAUAAGUUUGACAGAUAACACCAGCUACUUCUGCAAUUCACAAGCAUUUGGCCAGAGGUCGCAUGUAAUUUGUCACUCUGGUUUGCACAGUCAGCUUAGCUGGAGCUGUCAGACUUCAAUUAUCCAGAAGGGGAAAUGUUUACGCUGUUUUCAGACACAUUUUCCAAUUUGAAAAGAAAAACUUACAUAGAUUGAGCUUUUUGGUGUGAUGCGUCUUAUUUGCAAAUCAUCUCACCAGAAACCUUCAUUAAAUUUUCUGCUUUAGCUGAUACAACAAUAAUUGCUUGGCUUUGAGCAAAUGCUAAAGAGUUAGAUCAUAAACCUGUCAAGUUAAUAGUCCAUGAUAAUCAGAAAGUUUUAGGGUCAUUUCAGUAGGGUAUAUGGAUUACUUUUAAAAAUGUUUUCUGCUUAAACUCUCAGUCCUAGUGCUGAUUUACUGCUCCCCUACCAGUCUCAGAGCAGGACCCAGCUGCUAUUCCUAAAUCUUGGUUUAGAUUAAAUUUGAUCCUCAAAUCUGUGGAACCCCCUUCCCGCUGGUAAUAUUACUGUUAUUUACAAUUUGUUUUUUAACAUGAAACUUCAAUUCAAUUCGACUGUCAAUUACCAUACACCCUAAGGAGGGAAUUUCCACUAGGAUCCCAACCGGGAAAUAGUCCUCAAAAAAAAAAAAAAAGAGUUGUCUGGGAUUUUUCUUAAACCACAAAGCCAUUUAUUAUUUUAAGAUAUUUAGCCCAGAGGUUGAAAUCUUAGAAAAUGACCACAACAAUGAAACAGCAUUCUCAAUGUGCUCAAUUUGAGACAGAUGACUAAAUGCAGAUAUGUGUACUUUUUUACUUUAAAAACUACAAUUAUACAAGAUAAAGCUCUUUUAUUCUCUUAUUCAGUUUUGUCCUUCUAAAGCAGCAUUACUGUCAGUAUUUCAGAAAGAACAAGUUAAAACAGUCAGAAAACUGUUUUUGUGUCUCUUCCAGUUUGUGUUUUUUUUUAUUGUUUUCAUGUGUUUGUGUGGUCAAUGGUUGCCCUACUGAAGUUGGUAAGCACCUAAAAGAGCGGUGAACUGAGAUCUCAUGUUGCUGUUUUCUGCAAGGUCUUGCAUCAAUCGUUGUUUAAGAUAAGAUCAGUUGUUUUUCUGUUGAUUUUGUUGCAGUGAAAGUUCAUACACUUUUUUUUGUCGCUUCAUCUUGAAACUGAGACAGCAGCCACCUCCCUCUAGUUUUCAUGAUCAAGACUAAGCUGCCGAUCACCUCUUCUACCUGUUAAUUUUAGUCAUCAGGCCAUUACCAGGUCCUUCUGAGUACUUCAUAUCUCCAGCCACAAAUAACUCUGCUGGAGUUUGAAUAUAACACAUAGUUACCUGUGAUAUCAAUAACAGUUCCUGAAUUUACCAGUGCAGUCAAAGAGUUGUCUAUACAAGACCGUUUUGGCUCCACUCCUGAAAAUGUGUUUUGUUGAACACAAUGUGUGCAGACUUGACUCUGUGAGCACUUUACAGUGGCCUUUUACUUGUGUGUUAUGUUAAAUAAAAUCUCAGCAUAUAAUAACUCCAGCAUUAAUCAAAAAAUACCAAAGCCCAGUGCUGUGAUAUCAGGCUUGGCAAUAAAUGCUCAUCUCUCCAGCAUGCCUGUCUGAGCUGGUAGUAAAACAAACAGUUCAAACACAAUAACUGAGGAAAUGAAAAAUGGAGAAAGUUCUUCGAAUUCGAGGAGCAGUUUCAGGUUCCAGAGAGUCUCCCAGCCCUUUUUUUUAAUGUGUUGUUGUUUCAUAAAGUAUUGGCUUCACCUUGAAGGCUGCAUCCUUCAGGACUGCAGCCAUGAAGUUGGCAAGCCCGCGCACAGAUAUGUUGAUGUUCGGCUGCAAACUGCUGGUGCUGUGCAGUCUGAUAAAUGGUAUGCUUAAAGAGAUUUCAUUUGAUAAGUGAGCUGUGGGUUUCCUGUCAGAUGUAAGCACAGCUGUGUGGAGCUCUGUUUUGGUACCUCUUCCACUGUAAAAUUGUUGUCGAUCACAAAAAAAAAAAAAGUUAGAUCAUCAAACUUCGCUGCUACUUUCAGUCUUCUGAGGCUGAAUUCCAUAUAGGUGUACACAAAGACAAAUGUUUUUACUCUCUCUGUUUGUUUCUCUUUCUAAAAUCACCCCUGAUGUUUUCAUAACCCUCAGGCAAGAGCUCGUUAUCAUGUGCAAACUCCAAAGUAACAUUUGCUGCUGAUUUCAAAAUAAUGACUCAAACAGAGACUGCAGAGCAGCUCAGUCCACUGGCUCCAUGUCAGCACAUUGAAUACUUAACAUCUGUAAAACGUGUAAAGGCGUGUACAGUUAAUCUAAGGUCUGGGCAGAUCAGAGUGCAAGUCCAGCCUCCGCCUUUUCUACACAGCCUCUGUGUUUCACUGAAUAAUGCAGAGUGCUCUGGGAGUGUGUGGAAUUACAGUCCCUGGAAGAGCCGUGUGGUAAAACUCCAUUCUUCUAUCAUGGAGUCACUGCGCUGUCAAUUUGCCUUUGUGGCAGAGCUUUUGCCAACUGCAGUGCAGUCCAAAUCGUUUUAUUUAUCAGAACAAGCUUACUGAAAGGCCUGUGUAAGCAUGCACGGACAACGCUGCCCUCCCACUGUGGAGCCACCUUUAUUUGCUGUUCUCUGUGUGAGCUGGUACGAUGCCACCUUACUCUGGGUCCCUCCCUGUGCGGGCAGAGCUUUGGAGGAUCAGAGAACUAUUUCUGGAGUGUGAGAUAAUGGCCAUGAAUAAGAAAUAGAGGAGGAGAUAAUUUCUUUGCUCUGCUACGGCCCUGCUCAAAGAUAGCCUUGACCCACAGUUGUCAAAAAAACAAAAACAGUGUACAACUUCAAAACGUAAAGUUACCAGCUAUCGCAGUUAUCUGGAUAGUAAAGUUACACUGACAUUUUGGCUGGCACGCAUGUUCCAAUUGUCAGGGAUCAAGAUUACAAUCAGUUUAGUCGGUCUACGAAGAACAGGGUCAUGUUCGAGGAAUAGUUAGCCCGGCUUAACACAAAAAAUUCAAACAAACGAAGAAGAGACAAAAACUCUCAAAGAAGUACAAAUCGGCGUCAUUUCAAAUCAACACGUGCCAGACAUCGAUACAGCCGUCUGACAAAGAAGAAUUAGGCCAGUGUAAAAAGCUGGUUACCUCACCAUGAGGACUGUGCUAUAUUUAAGCUGUGUGUUUUAGCUUCAUUUAAAUGUUUGUUUUGUUUGUUGUUGUUAAGUAAUUUAAGACAUAUCAAGAGUCAACACAACUAUAUAAACAUACAGUGGGCCUAAUUUUACAUGGAAUUUUUAAUUAAAAAAAAAAAAGAAUUUUGAUCUACAUAGACGCUUUAAAAUGUUUGCCCAUGCCCUCAUAUCAGUCUCAGAUCAGGACAGAUGACCUGCCUGUUUUACCUUGAUCGAAGAGUUCUUCCAAAGCUUUUGGUCAACGAUUUAUGAGCUCUGUUUAUCUUGGAACCUGGCCAUGCAUCAUGUUUUUGUUGCAUCCACUAACAUAACAUUGCCUUGAAUUCAGCCUCUUUGUGGAUUAGACACAGACAAACUGAGAGGGAGGAAGAGAAGAGGUGGAUGGAGGACGGGAAGCAGCUGUUUGAGGUGAAGGAGCACACAGUCGAACUUGUUGACCAGGGAGAGCCUUGAUUUCAUUGGUCAGAGUCUAUCCACAGCAGCAGUCAAAUAUAGUGAAUGCCUCGGGCUGUGAGGAGUGAAAUGCCAACCAAAUCUAACUUUUGCUCCUGCCUGUUUGGGUUUGUAGUUUGUGAUUGUUGCUGGAUAUCAUACCUGCAGUGUGGGCGGGUUAUACUUGGCACAGUGGUGCGCGCGUGCUGGGCCUGCUGUUACUGCUGUGCUCAGCAUUGUACAUAUGGGUUUGUUACUGAUGGUUUCCAUUAAAGACAAGCUGGCAGCCAAUGCUGCGUUUGUUAUUCACAGUCAGGCUUUGUACUGUGUUGACCUCACAAAUAACAAAUGUUACAUAUUGCAUCAUUCCAGCCCUUCUGCUAAAAUAUAAUUAAAAGCAAAAAAUACUGCGAAGUGCAUCCACAGGUUUCUUUCAGUACCUCUCUCAACUUUUAGGCCAUGUGCAGGAAACCCUGGGAUUUAUUUUUACACAGGUUUUGUUGGUUUAAAAUGGUUGUUGAAAAUGUGGAAAAUAUGUGACGUUCUAAGCAGUGAGUUUUGAAGUUGAAUUGAUACAAGUGAGCAGAUUUUUAUCAUUUUCAUGGUCAGGAUUUUUUGGGCAGAGUUUCAAAGGAGGCUUGAAAUUGAAUUGUGGUUACUUACCAUAGCCCUGCCUCUCACUCUGUAACAGUAUAAAAAGCAAAGCCUACAAUAGCAUCAGUAAUUUGCUCCUUGAUCUCAAUGUGUCGCACCUGCUACAGCCACAGUAUUUUCGCUAGAGCGUACAGGCUGUCAUCACAGUGAUAGAUAGCAGAUGACUGUUACAAUGAAGAAUCUGAGCUGCGUGAGUAGAAUCUUAUUAUUGCCAAGUAAGUUUUGUAGCAUGUUGCUUAGUCUGUUUAACAAGGCCAGGGGUGCUUUACCUUUCGAACCAGAGGCUACUUUUGAAAUAACCCCUCUGCCAAGAUGUGCCAGUCCAGUUUCACCAUCACAAACAUGGACACAGAGAAAGCACGGUCACAAGGAAUGUCCCGAUCCAAUAUUGAUAGGGGAUAUCGGUCCGACAUCAGCAAAAAAAGCAAAUAUCAGAUUGUUGGCCUGCAUCUAAAAUCUCUGAUAUAAGCACUCUGAUACAAACAGUCCAUUCCAGACUCCGCUUCAUCUCUUCUAUCUAGCAGCACCUGGUUUCGGCAUGCAGAGCCUACAUAAUCACGACAACAGUGUGUACUAAGGUACAUACAAAGUAGCAAAGAGUAGGACUGAUGUCGGCCGUAUGGCUCUAAUUUUUGGUCUGAUUCCGAAAAAGACAUUGCAGCUGCAUGCAAAACUUGUCAUGCACAACUUUGUUCCAGUAUAGGCUCAAUAUCGGUGUCGGCCAAUACUGAAGGCUACAAUAUCGGUAUCGUAUUGGAAGUAAAGAAGUGUUCACCCCAUAAUGGUCAUGGUAGGAGCCAUGAUUAUUACUUUUAAGUUUUACCACGGCGUUUUAACUGAACACAAAAGAAACAAAGUACAUACAAGCCUGACGAGAGCAGCUUUCUGAGUUGAGAAAGGGUAAAUAUAUUUCUCUAACUUAGAGGGACCUCUGUCACUGCUCCACCAGCACUAAAAAAAAAAGCUAUUUUACUGUUACCAUAAAAAAACAAAAACUUGCUGUGUUUAUCAUUACUUUAACUGACAUGCUGAGACGCUGUUUUGUUAGCUUUACUUUGGUGUUAAACCGACUGCUGUGCUGCUAGCUUUCCCCUCAGUUCUCUCAUUUGCUGGGUUUGUAGAGUUGUUUCAACAGUUUCAAUCAGUCUUGUUCAUUCUUGAAGCGCUGUUCCAAAUUGUGCCUCUCCAGCGCAGUCACAUCGGGGUUGUAGAAAAGACGGACGGACUUAAACAAAAAUAAUCCUCCUCCUACUGCGGUUGAAAAUAAUACGUUUUUGCUUUUUUAUUGAUUGACAGUUACCCGCUACCACUUACACCCACACCCCAACAGGUUUAUGCUAUGUUGCUUGGCAACAUGCCCUAAUGCAACAAGUGGUCAAUAGAAAUCUGUGAUGUGUAAAGUUAGUUUGUUUUUACUGUGAUUCAUUGAAAUGUGUUACAGGACAUGACUGUUGUUAUAUGUGUCCUUUGUUACAAAGACUGAAAAAAAACAACAACAUUGUUUACACACACCCGCACUCAGCCGUAAAUUUGCAUAUUGCUGGUCCAUCUUUUUGGAGCAGCUGGGCAUGGUUUCCACACACUGAGCCGACACACCCACUACUCCUUUUUUCAUGGUUUUGACACCGAAUUUUAUACACUUGGUGAUAUUUAUACUCACUUGACUGUCAAUAACACGUUAUUCUGUUGUGUGACAACCUCAGAACGCACAUUUGUUCUCCACUUUACACGGACUUUGGUGGGCAUCUUUAGAGUUCUGUAGUAAUCAGUGACUGAAAGGUUGAGACUCUGGAGACGAGGGAUGAUUUUAAAAGAGCAUCAGAUAGCAGAUGCAGAAAUCUCUUUGAAGAUGUGUCUUUUUUUUCCUUCUACUGCCUCUGGAGGUGUUUUCACCAAUAAUAUAUGAGGCUCAAUGAAAACCUUUGAACAUACUGAUAUUUUAGACACCUUGUGUCUCACUCACAGUCAUUCAUUUCCGACCUUUGAACAGGGAGUGAUAUCAGUCAGGAACCUGAUAGGCAACAGUUUGUCUUGUGACUCACGGAAAAAGUUCAGAAUUUCUCUUUCAGCACAUGAAAAGCAGAUUGAGAAUGUUGCAUGAAAAGAUCAUCUUCAUGAUGAAUUGAUUCAUCUUUAUUUUCCUUUUUGUUUUCUAAGAAUAAAAAGUCUGUAGAAAUUGAUUGCAUGUACCACUUGCAAAUAAACCUCAUAUCAGGGUUGUGCAGUAAAUCACAAUUUCAUCACAAUCCCAUCAUGAGCAAUAAACACACAGCAAAGGUCUGGAUGUAUCACUGUAAUAAAGACUUGAGCCUGAAAUUGCUGUAAACAAACAAUGCUCUGUCAGCAUGUGAGCAUGUUACCUAUUAGAUGGAAGUGUAUGGGUCAUGUUUUCACACAACUUCAAUAAAGUAAGGAACAAUUCAUGUUAGCUUUUAGCUACCCUUGGAUUAAUUUGGGCCAAUUUAGUGUGAAAAUAACAAAACAAAACUCUCUUUGUGGGUUUAUUUAGGAUUCAAAGUGCAGAUGUUACAGACAGCUGUAGUGUGAAACAUGAAGAACAGCAGAUAAAAGAAGAAACUGAAAUAUUCAGGAGUAAACAUGCACUUGGAGAGCUGUUUAUUAAACGUCACUACCAUGGUAUUGAACAAAUCACAUGUUACUUUUUUUGUGUGUAUUAAAUAUAUUGUGAAGCCCUGGAAUUGACUCUUAGUUGAUCUGCUGUCUGUUUAGUAUCAGGUUUAAAACAUAAGGCCAGUGUGUAAUUUCUGUAAAGACCACGUUGAGUUGACCACCAUAAUUGUAUUCCAUGGCUUAUCUUAAAGAGGCUCCUCAGGUACGGACCUGGUGCUCAGCUCUGCCAUUCAUCUUAGCCUGUGCUUGUUUGGUACAUCCAUUCAUUCAUUGUCUGUUCCCUCUCACUCCUGUUACAUGGGGCUGAGAGAGUCUGUGCAUGCACCUGGCAAAGGCCGGAUAGUAGUCCAUCACCCGGCUCAUCUUUUUGUCCUACCUGUCUGUUUCCUGAGUAGCUCCUGCACGUGGCUGUAAACAGUCACGAGGCCUCUGCCCCUCUGGCGUUCAAUGGCCCCUCAGCUCGUACGCCACAUCCUCAGGAUGGAAAAUAGAUUUGGUUUCACAGAAGGGCGGUGAGGCUUGGGUUGCGUUGAUUAGGACAGAGCUGUGCAGCCAUGGCAACAUCCUCUCCCCCCUCCGUAGCGAAGAAGAAGAAGAAGAAGGACCCGCUUUCUGUUUGGUUUCUUUAUUUCCUGCUCUUCCUAUAUAUAAUCCAGUGCUUUCUGUAUUGGACAUUGAAGAGUAAGAUAAAAGCAUAUAAAUUAAAAGUACAACUGGCCCACCUUCUGUGUACGUGGAAGCCCUUUGAAAAACUAUCGGUGAAACAUGACUGAAAGAACACUCAUAUGAAUCAACUACUGACCCCCCCCCCAUCACUUUCUUAUAUUGGUCUUUUCUGAACAGAGUAAGACUUUAGAUUCCGUGACUACCCGCGCUUAUAUUUUGUGUGCAGUUAUAUUCCAGAUUGAAAGAUAAUGAAAACAGAUGGGAUAAAUCUCAAAUUUUAUACGCCUUAUGCUAAUGUAUUGCACAACUCCUAUUCAAAAAAAAAGUUGGACCGUCGAGUACAAUCUUAUCAGAACCAGAAGUUGGUGUUUUUUUAACUUCUUGAACUCUUGAUCUAAUUGACAAUAGUGCAUACAGCUCAUGCAAAGUGUAAAAGUGUAUGCAUAAUUGGUGCCAGCAACACAAGGGCAUGUUCGCCAUUGUGUGGUUACUCAUCUUAUGACAUCACUCGGUACAUGUUGUGAAUCCAGAAGUGUUUUGAGCCCAUGCGAUGAUGACCACUACAGAGUCAUGUCUAUUAUGUUAAAGUGCCAUCUGAGGCUACUAAUUACUCCAGACAUGUUCCUCUAGGUCAGUGGUUCUCAAGUCCAGUCCUGGAGGCCCACUGUCCUGCAUGUUUUGGAUGUUUCCCUGCUCCAACACACCUGAUUCAAAUGAUCAGCUCGUUAUUAAGCCAUUACAGAGCUUGAUAACGAGCUGAUCAUUUGAAACAGGUGUGUUGGAGCAGGGAAACAUCCAAAACAUGCAGGACAGUGCGCCUCGAGGACUGGACUUGAGAACCACUGCUCAAGGUGAUUUUUCAAGAGUACAUAAGUUUUCAUUUUUUGUUGUUGUCCCUGACCUAACUUUUUCGAAUUAGAAAAUAGCAUUAGAUUUAGAACAAGUUAAAUUUUUAUGUAUUUCCAACUGAAUACAGGGUUUGAAUUAUUUGUUGGUACCAUCAAAAAUCAUUUUACACUAAAUCUCAACUUUUUUGGAAUGGGGUUGUGGAUUGCAUGAAUAAAAAUAAAGUAUCCAUGACAAGGCUGAAAUAUUUGGCCUUUAGAAAAAAGGAGGUGUUAUUAGUAAAAGCAGCUGAUUGAGGCCUGUAUGUGAGAGCUGUUAUCAAAUGAAUUGGCUCUCUAGGCUGUUGAACCCUGAAGUGAAAUCGGAGCUCUGAGGCGGUGAGACUGAUACAUUGGCUGAAGCAGGAGGUAGGGCUUUGAGUUUCUGGUUACACGGUUGUCUCUAACUACAAGACCAACUUGGUGAUGACGCCACAGUGCAGCUCAAGUGUUACUGAUCUCUCUUACUGUAUGUUCCUAUGAGGCUUGUGUCCUGCUGAAUGCAUGGGUGUGUUGAUAUGUAGCUUGUCUUUCCUCACUCCUCCGGGGAAAACCUGUUCCUUAUAAAUAGGACAUGCCUGUGAGGCUGAGAUGAUUGGAAUAGCUGCCUGCUUGGUUUUCUGCUGCUAUGUUGCCCACUGCACCAGCUGUUGUGGACAUUUGUUUAGACCAUGUGAUAAAUUUGUCUAAAACUUGUUUUAGCAGUUCUAAAGUUUACUGUUGCUAGCCAUAUGUUCCACACCAUUCACUCCCAUAUGGCCCCACAGACGUCACAGUCCAUAUCCACAGGAUUUUCUUCAGAUACAGUCUGUAUGAAAGUGAAGGAUUGCCCCAGCUGGUAUGUCCGGCUGCCUGAAGGAGCAAUCUCAGGAUGUCCCUUGAGCUAACUGUCUUGAAAUCUAAUCUGUGUCACCCUUUAAGUUACCUUAACCCUCUUGAUUUCUCCAUGUGGGUAAACAGUCAGUCAAUAGUUGUCAAGGGAUUAUCUUACUGAACAGAAGUGAAAUAGUUUCUUUUGGUCUUUCAGCAACAUGUUUCUCAGAUUUUAUUUCAGGGCAGAGUAAAUCUGAGUAACUUUAUCGCCCCUUUAUGUAAUAAGGAGCUUACUUUUAUAAGUAAAAAAUAUACAUAUACAUGCUAAUUGAUACAUGUAUCUCUAGUGGGAUCAUUUACAUUGAUUUAUCUGCCAGAUUUAUUAAGUUUCACCAGGUCUUCAGCUAAAUCCUUUUUUUCCAUUAUCUGAUCAUCACAAUAUGAAGAUAUCUUUCAGGGGCCUAUUGUAGUGGUCUGUGGCGACUGGAAUAUGGCUUUACAGUACUAGUGACAAACAGAGGAUAGAUUUUAUACAUAGAUGUAAAUCAAUUUGAGGUUAACGGUUUGCUUUUUCUAAUGAAGAAAAAACUGGAUUUCCUUUUAUAUUCCCCAUAUUCCCCAUAUACAACUACCUUUUUUUGCACUCUGAGCAAACCUUUUGUUUGAAAGUGAUACAAUCAAUACACUAUUAAUAAAUAUAUCGUCACAAUACUCCAGCCUACUUGCACUUUGUUUCAGCCCCCAGUCAGUCUGUAUGUUACUGUGUCAUUCUGAUUAUAAAGGGGAGGCCUCUCCUGCACAGAGAGACGACUCCCAUCAUAGAGAAGAACCCAGACUACAUAGUGCUGUCAGUGCAGUGUCACAGUUUAUAGGCUUUGUGGUGUCCUAAACACUGAGAUCUUGACAGUUGUCAGCACGUCUUACCUAUAUUGGUGCUGACAGGCCUGCGUCACCACUAGCUGUCUACUAGACAUGGUAUUACAGCGCUAUUAUGGAGCUGGUUGAGGUAGCUUUGGGGCUGGUGAAGACUAAGUGACCGCACUCCUUAUUUCCCUUCGGCCUAGAGCAGAUACAGCAGCCUGUCAGAGGUCUGAUCCCGGCCUGGCUGACCCGCUAACCCACUGACUCAGCCCGCUGACGCUCAGCAACAACACUGGCUUACAAGUCACUUGGCACCAAAACACAUGUACAACAAAUUCUCAUCUGUCCAGCCACCGACAGGAAUUCCAUGACAUUAAAAGUAAUCGGUGGUCAUUUGCUCGCUACAUCAGCACUUCAUGAAAGCCAGAGAACAAUAUGGAUCAGAAGUGAAACAGAGAAAGAAAAACAGGUUUUAGGAUGUUGGUUGUGCUUAAAUCAUCUUUAAAGCCUGUGUCUGUACAAUAAAACAAAUUGCAUAGGAAUCAUUGAGGGUGCAACACAAAAAGACUGAAUUUUUUCUGAUAAAAUUGUUUGUUGUGGCAAAUAAAUGUUCUUUCUUACCAUUUUUACACUCUUUGAAUUUAUAAUGUAUGUUGGAGAGGUUUUUAAUUAUUUAGAAAUGGUGAAAAAAUGACUUAAUGUCUCUUUAUUUAAGGAUUAUAUUCUGGUGUUUUACUGCACAAUAUCUUAAUAUGAUAUUGAAUCAUUGUGUGAACUGAGCUCCUCAUGUUUGUGUUUUGUCUGCUCCACAGGGCUCCAGAGAUUAUUUUGGGAUUGCCGUUUUGUGAAGCCAUAGACAUGUGGUCCCUGGGCUGUGUGAUAGCUGAACUUUUCCUGGGCUGGCCCCUCUACCCCGGGGCCCUAGAGUACGACCAGGUAAACAACCAUCCUCUCACCAGUUCUUUUUUUUUUUUUGACGUCUUUGGUUUAUGGUGCGCUGUCUUCUGGAAGUUUCCUCUACCCUUAGCCUCCUACUAUCCUCUCCUUUUGGCUCUACAUACAACAUUUCCCAAUAUCUCCUGCUUGUACUUUCAACUUCCAUGACUCAGUCUGUCCUCACCACAUGAGAACGGUUUUCAUCUCAGGCUCUAUUUUUUAGUGGGCUUUCCCUCCAUUUAUAAGUGUUACCCUCUCCACAGCCUUUUCCUACAUACGUCAGCCACGUAUUCACCCAGCACACACACACACACACACUUAUAGCUGCACACAGCCUAUGUGGCUGUCUGGGCAGCAUUACACCCUCAGUUUCCACCAAACCAGUUAUUUUCCUGCUCUUCUCUCUGUCCUUCUCUGCAACUCUCUUUUUUUUCCCCAUCUUUUUCCUUCAUCCUCUUCGUUUUCCAAUCAUGGCAAACGAGUGGGUUCCCUUGUUUUUGUUUUCGAGUUAGCAUUCAAUCCAGCUUUCUAUUACAAGCUUGCCUUCGGGGUACUGACUCAGAUGAGGCUCCCACUGUUGAAGUUUGCAGAAUAUGUGAUCUGCGGCCACUUUAGUCUGAAUCUCUCAAAACGAAGGAUUGCAAAGAUAAAGUUCAGAGGAGAAAGCGACAAAGCCGUAAAGAGGCAGACAGGGACACUCAGCAGCAGCAGCAGAGUUCAGGACAGAUGGUUUGGAGCGAGGACAACAAUACAACAUUUUCACAGUGUGCACCAUCGUGAAAAAAAAAGUUAUUUUAAUCCUAGUGAGAUCCAUGCCUAAUGCCGUCUUCAGGGUGCUGCUGGAAUUGUCUGCAUGAGUACAGAGGAGGAGGAACUUCUGAAGUUUGGAGAUGCAGAACUUUUCUGCAUAAUUAGGCAGGGAGAGAUAGGCAGUGAUGGAUUGUUUGAAUGAAGAAAGAGACGGAGGACUCCAGGGACUCACAGUAACAAAUUAGUGCUGUAUUUACUGCUUCCUUGGUGAUGUACCCACCCUGAGGAUACUAUCAGCUGCUGCGUGUGACAGCAGAAUGGCAUCUUUUUGUGAUUGAUGCUUUGUCUAUUUGGAGCCGUCGGAUGCCUGCCCUUCCCAGUGGAGCCCUCACAGUGUCUUCCCAGGACCAGACUGAUCUGGGCUUACGUUGAGCUGCUUUCCCAAACCCCGGAGCCCUGUCUACUCAGCGCCUGCCAACAACCAGAUCAUGCUCCGUCCAAUGCAGCACCCUACAUUACAGCUCUCAGCCCCUCCACACAUCGCACUCAUACCAGAGUAUUUUUAUAGCCCGGCUUCAUUUUUCACUCUACCCCAAAACCGAGACAGGAGAGAUAACUCAACACCUCCGAAAGAGAUUUGACUUGAGCGCUGCACCACCACCACCACCACUCCGAAUAUGAUGAAUCUGUUUUUGCAGGGACCAGUCGGCAUGUCGCAGGGCUGAUUUAGAGAUAUGUGGGGGCAGGCUCCUCGAUUUAGGAAGGGCCUACUUGGAGCUGAUAGGGUGACAAGGGUGGGUGGGAUAUCGUUGGCAUAGAAAGAGAGUGAGAGACAAUGCAGUGAGACACGUGAUAACGGGUGAGAGAGAGAGAGAGAACCUGUGGAGUGUAACAGAAAGAGAUCAGAACCUUACUGUAUGUAAAUGGGGGUUAAACACCUGCAAGAGUUAAUCGCUUUAGAUUGCUUCUUGUUGGAUCUUGUGCCCCUCAUGUUACCAUCUAUUAUUGUCUGCUGAAAUACCUGCCGUGAAUUUUGAGCUCUGGAUGUUCCCGGGGAUGACUGAAUUCCACCCGGGACUGUUUUAGCAGAAUGGAUAUGUUGUAAGAGGGAAGCACAAGCCUAUUCUAGUCCCACUGCCUAUGUUUUUUUGUGAUUCGACACCCACCCCACAUAUAAAAACAAGUCUUCCUCUGCCAAGCCUGCCCACUGGCAUGCAGCGCUCUCGGUUUGGUCAUGGAAAUGCCCAAUGAAUGAGAAAAACAGACUGUAGGAGCAGGGGACUGAUUAAAUAUUUUUAUUGUGUUCCUUCUCCUCUCUGGAGGCUUUAAUCUGGUAAUAAAUCCUCCAGCUAGACAUACACACAUAAUUAAACUUCUUCAAACAAAUGGGUUUUUAUUUGGAUGCCUGUUUGGCCGAGUGGCUCAACUCACAUGCGGCAUGUGCAGAGGCCGUAGUCCUCGGGGUGAGCGGCACAGGUUCACUUCUAACCUGCAGCCCUUUGCCCCAUGGCAGCCCCCACUGUCCUCUUCUCUCUGAAUUAGAGCACUAAAACCCAAAAGGUAAACUAAAAAGAAGGUUUGUAUUAUUUUGAGGUCAUUUGAGAGCUUUAAGAACAGGAACUUUAAACUUUUACUCUGUCACAGCCACUCAAAGCUCCGCCGAUGACAAAGAGACAUGUUGUGUAUUUUGUCAUCCAGCAGAAGGGAACCAUUAUAUUAACUCCAUUCAAGGACAUUCGAUGAAGAUGAUCCCAGCCGUCACUGUUCGAUAUGACUGCUUGUGUAUUGAAGGAAACCUUUACCAUGCAGGUUUCCAAACUUGACGUGUAAUGGUUUUGAGAGGUUGAACUUAAAUGGGCCUUCCUCGGGCUCCCGGUCCCGUACUUUGAUUGACCAGAGCUUGAAAAUGGAGAGCUUGUAAAUUUUUAUCACCUAAAAUAAAUAGCCAACUGACUGUAUGUCAGUAAACAGCCAGGCAGCUGACUGCUGGUGUGAGGUGUCAUCCAGGGGCCACACGGUGGUCUCGCUGUGGCUGACCAAGCUUCUACCACCCCCUUCGCCCCCCUUUUCUUCUUCUUAUCUUUCUGCAGGGGGUCUUUUUCCACGCCACCAAGCAGGUUGUAUUUAUAACUCUGGCUCCUCCUCCUCCUCCUCCUCGUUUGCUCCCCCUGUUGCUCUCUUUUUACCUUACCUCAUCCCCCGUCACACCACCUUUUUGACUUCACCAGCGCAGCAGUAGGCUGCUCACGUUUUUCACAUUUCAGCGUGUGUAUCAUGAUGAUCGGCUAAAAUAGACCCUGCUGCUGUAAUGUCUGCUAUUACUCCCUUCCCCCUACUUGAGUUUUAUCUUUCUUUAUGUCCUUUUUUACGCUCUCUGUUUCUUGCUUUCUCGGGAGCUAUUCAAGUGGUGCAACCAAGAGGGGGUCAGUACACAUCACUGCACAGAGCAAAGUUUUUCAUAACUGUUUUUUUUUUUUUUAAACCCAGCUGGCAACACAGGGGAUCUGCUAGAAUAAGAGGAUGUAGUCAGGGUCAGCGGAGGCAUAAAGGAUUUGGGUUAGAAAUGCGAGGUCAAAGUGUGAAAUUUCCUGUUUGUAAGUUGGAACAAACUGUACCCAAACGUCAACAACCCUAGAAGAGACUCUUUGUACACUUGGCCGGUUGAAGGGUGUGGGUAUCUCAUGCUAGGCUCAGAUGAACUUUUAUGUAUUGCAGCGAGGCAUAUCAUUCAAAUGCAUUUUUUAUAGCGUGCAUUGUUAUCUGGACAGCCAUAAAAUGAAGGGUGCCUGCCUGUGCUUCCUGUCUGCUCCGCAGCAGGCCCAGGCUCGCUUGAUAGUUGUUUUGCGUGCGCGCUAGCUCAGCACCAGUGAUCUCACUGGUUUGUGAGAUCUCUGCAGAGACACGCCUUCCAGGAAAAAUAAGGGUUUUCCCGUCACAAGAAUUUUCCCACCCACACACACUGACUGAGUUAUGAUUUUUUUUGUAUCUUCUGUUGCUGUUUACAUAAUGUUGCUAAACUACAACACAGCUAAAGUUAAGCCAAAAAAGCAGGGGAUUUUUUUUGUCAGAGCACUUCCAGAGUAUUUUUUUUUGGGGCAGAUUUUUUUAAACCUGUGAUGUGAAAGACAGAAAGUGAAAAAAGGAAGAGACAUUUAGUUUGAAGGAACUCUCCUGCCGGGAAAGAGUUAAUUUGAAAAGGAGAAAUGGACAGAAAGAAGUUUUUGUUUUAUGAUGUUUGGCUGCCUGCGUGCUUUGAUUUAAACGAGAAGGGGAUCUCCACCGUACCACCUAAAUCUCCGGGCAGAUGAGAUUUCACUCACCAUGCAUACUGUCAGAAACCCAAUAAAUACAUAGCUUUAUCAUAACCUCAAUUAUAGCCAACUAACAGAGUUAUAGGUCCCACCCACCCACAUGGACACGUAUCAGUGUUUGCAUCUCAGUGAGGGGGACAGAUAAAAUCACACCGGCCAAAGAGAGCAGCACGAAGAUCAACACGAGUGCAGCUUCCAGUAAAAACAUUUUCAGCUCACUUCAUUAUUUUCAUGCAAAGUGUCUCAUACAGCGCACUGGCGAACUGACUCAUUGACGUUUCGCAGCCUGUUGUCUUUGUAUUCGCAGGUUGCGCUUGUGCCAAAAUGAGAAAAAAAUACCAGCUGACAAGUGAGCUGACGUGUUGAAUCAGAUGUAAGAAAAUAGUUGACAGCCCUGUGCCAAUAAUUCUCACAUCAACACUCUCAUUGACAUCUUGAUAUCUGGAGUUAAAAUUGCAACCACAACAACACUUACCUUUUGGUAACAUGAGCUGGACUUUACUCUGUUUUUAAAGAUUUUUUUUUUUCUCCCCUCUAACACAAUUAGAUGAUAUCAGUUGGGUCAGCUUUUGGAUUCUUCCCAUCCACAAUAUUUAGUGUCUUCUUGGACUCGGGGUUGUUUUUCUCAGAGGAAAAGGGAGAGGCUAAAAACGCCAAAUUCCUCAAACAGGAACUCUUUAUUUCUCUCUUGAAAGUAAGACGCUAUUCUCUGCAGCUCGCAGGGCAAACAGUACACUGUGUUAAGCAAACUUUUGCCUUCAAGGGAGGAUUUGACUAUAGAGUCUGCAUGUUAAUCUGUUAUCUCCUGUAUUUAAACAUGUGCAACGACUCGGUCUUGAUCCUCUCUCUGUUCUCCGGAUGUGUGAGUCCUCUCUCUUGCUCCUUAGCAGCGCUGAAUCUCUAAUGGCUGUUGUCCUUUACACUCAAGCGUGAUUGACGUCAGCCAGGCUCUCUCACUGGUCUCCUCUCAUAAACCUGUACGUGACACUCUUGCCCCACAGCCAUCUGACUGACGAGCAUCAUUACCCGGCAAAGCGUCUGGCGUGGAGACCACAGGAACCUUAUUAUCCCAGUUUACAUGAAAAGACUCCGACUGGUUUCAGAGAUCAUAAACACACGCUGCUCGCAGUACAGGCGCUUAUUUGGCUUUAGCCAUUUCUCAGGAAUGUGCCAUCUUCAAGGCCUCUGCAGCUGUACCCUCUAUGUACAGUUCCACGCACACAGAGUGAAACCAUGAAGGACUCUGUAGAGUGAUUCACAGUCACUCUGAAUGGCUGUACUUAAAAAAAAGAGUGCCUCUAUAAGAACCUGGUGAUGUGUUGAUUUUAGAGAGCGCAGAAGGAGAAAAAGACCCGGAGUAGUGAAAAAGCUCCUUGUCACCAGUGACUCGCUCAUAUUAUCGUAUUUUUCAUUUCUGUUUUCCUUUUCCUCCCAACAGAUUCGCUACAUUUCUCAGACACAGGGUUUGCCAGGAGAACAUUUGCUGAACGCGGGGACAAAGACAGCACGGUUCUUUUGCAAAGAGUCCGACUCACCUUAUGCAUCAUGGAGACUAAAGGUGAGUUUUUGCACGCAUGAAAACGAAGGCAGAUUAGGUCAUUACCAGUCAAAACAACUAACCCUCUCCUGCAGUCGUGCGUCACUAAAAGCAAACCGCAAAAGUCAGUGGUCAGCCGUAGCUCAAAGAGCAAAUAUUUUCAUCCUCCCUCUGGGCAAACAAAGACCGCUCUUCCUGAUAAGUAGAAAUGAUAGCUUUCCCCGAAUAAACUAAACAGGGAGGCUCACUGUUAAAUUCCAUCAAAAGAGGAAAAACUAAGAAAAUCUUUAUAGUUUGUCAUUCAUUCCCUCACUCACUCACUCUGAACUUACACAGGUCUCUAAUGUUGUCAUAAACAAAUCUGAGGUUGUUACAGGAUAUUGUUCUUUCAGUUCCCCUGGUUUUACCACCACACCUGUUUAUAGAAACAUUCAGUAUUACAUUAAUAUUCAAACGAGCACGCGAGCUGACAUCACUGCUAAUCUUUUUUUUUUGUUUGUUUUCUUCUGCAGUCAACCGAUGAGCAUGAGACAGAGACGGGGAUGAAAUCUAAGGAAGCCAGGAAGUACAUCUUCAGCUGUUUGGAUGACAUAGCGCACGUACGUUCAGCUGUUUGGACCACAGUGUACAGACAAGCCUUCAGAGGAAGUUUCACAUCAAAUGUUUCGGGGCUGUAGGCCACUAGGUCUUAAAGAGGAAGUGCACCUACAAUUGUAUGUACAAAGCAGAGCAGGCGUAUCCCACUGCAGGGGAAGAAAAGGUCACAUUUAAGCUGAACUCCCCCCUGCAGUAAAAUGCUACACACAAAUUAAGAAAAUGAAGGCUCAGGUUUCACUCGCAGUUCUCUGUAGAAAUAGACCAGAGGUGGAAAUUCCCCAACCCAUGUGCUAACCCAGGUCUGUACUUUUGUAUGGCAGAGGAGAUUCUUAUGAAUUUAGGCUUAUGGUGAAUCAUUUGUUAUUCCAAAGAACCAGUUUCAUGAUGAAAACAACUAAUACAGAUAUCAUUGUAAUGUGUCUGUUUUUCUUCCUCGUCAUUAUUGAUGGGGAUGUUUUGACUCGUUUUAACUGUGAAAUGUUUUUAAUCCAGGUGAACUUGGUGAUGAAUCUGGAAGGUAGCGACUUGCUAGUGGAAAAGGCUGACCGCAGAGAGUUUGUGGGCCUGCUGAAGAAAAUGCUGUUGAUUGAUGCAGAAGAGAGGAUCGCUCCUGCUGAAGCUCUCAGCCACCCCUUUGUGACAAUGCAGCACCUGCUUGACUUCCCCCAUAGCAACCAGUGAGUCUUUUCGGCCCUCAGGUUUUCAAGCAUGUGCUCAUUUUGACUGUCCUACAUCACCUGAAUGUCACUCCUCUGUGUCUUUAGUGUGAAGUCAUGCUUCCACAUCAUGGAUGUCUGCUGGACUCGUCCCAGUGCAUACGAGGCGGCCAACAGAAACAAAGGUCCCUUCGUCAGACCUGUCUCCACAACUGCUGCUGCCUCUGUCAACCAUCCAUUCAGCAAGAUGACCGGCGUCCAUGCUCAAGUAAGUUCUUCUCAGGGUUUUCUCAAAAAUGCACAAAAAACAGACUACAAUAAAAAACAAAUUGAAUGAAUGUUGCUCUGGAAUUAUAGGUGAACUCCUUGGCCAAAUGUCCUAAAAAAAUUUCAGAAGAAAAGGGUGCAGGAAGCUGACAAGAGUGUAAAUACUAGAAGAUAGUGGAAUUGUGUCAACCCAACACAAAAAUUCCAUUGUUUCUCAAGUAGAAGCUAAAGGAAUGCUGCAAUCUGCACAAACCUGAUGCUUUUUCCUGCUCUAUUUAAACUGAAGCACUGAAAAAUAACAAGCUGUAUCUACGUCAUAACCUAUCGCUAAAAACCAUUUCUCAUGUACUUUGUUGCAUGCUGAUUUUCAAAUACUCAAAUAGGAAACCCAUAAUUAUGUUUUUGAGUGUUUUUUACAUUGACAAAAAGGCAAAUUGUUACACAGUGACAGACUUAUCACAGCUACACGUGAAUCCAAAGACUUGAACAUUCUGAAACAAAGAGGCCGACCAACCAAUCUGUUUGGUGUAUUUAUUAUUUUCAUGGUUUACCUGCUCUGUUUUCUGAGUUUGAAAUAGAAAAUUACUCUAAUCUUUGCGAUGGCAUAAUCACAGCCAGUAAAGGUUAACACAUUCACUCUGUUGUUCUGUAAUAUCUGCUUCUUUGAGGACUCAUCAUGUAGACAAUUUCCCCACAGUUAUUGCUUCCGUGUUUCUGUCUUAUUGCGUCUUGGCCUGGCUGUCAUGGCAACAAAAUAACGUCAUACGUCUGAGGUCAUGGCAACAGUGCAAAUCAGUGUUGUUGCCGAGGAAAAACGGAGCUGACCCUUUUUUUUAAACGGAUCUUUAUAAUGCAAAAAAAUGCCCAAGUCAAUAGAAAAGGUGCUAUACUGAGGGUGAAUAUAUGAAACGAUGAUCCAAUGAGAUGCAUUAUAUUUAGUUCAGCAUAAUAAGGACUACUGAUGUGUCAUCAUUACAGAUAUAAAGACAGGAUGAGAGGCUUACGUCCCCUAUUCAGAUUAAAAUCAGGUUUAAGAAUACCUGGCCACAUUUCUUGAACAAGAAAGCAACGACUUCAAUUUAAUUUUCUGUUUCCAAGGAGCAGUGCAGCACGGAGUGGAAAAUUCUCACUGGUGAAACUUUAACAGAAAAAUGUGGUGGCUUUUUUAGUAUUAUCCUGUGAAAGGCUGCUUUGUGUUUACUAUCAUGUGUGUGGGGGCUGGGCAACAUGCAGGAGCCGCGGCAGAACAAUAUAAGCCUAGUUCUCCUUAUUCAAUAAAUGUGAUUAUAGCCAGGCACGAGAGCAGCGUGAGUGUUUGGAAGCAGAGGCACAUGCUCGACUGUUCUUUGUUUAUCUCAAGCCUAUCGCAAAGACUAAGUUCAACAGUUUCCAACAGCAUUUUAGCUCGUUUGUCAGCUGUCAGCCCUGGGUGCGUAAUCAGUUUACGAGCAUGUUCUCAUGUAAGAGGGACCAGUCAUUUGCAAUAUCACCACGGCAAGAGCUGCAUUUUCCCUGGUGAAAAGACAGAUUCUGUGCAGUUUUUUUUUUCAAGCAUAAUAACUCUUUACUAUCAAACUGAUCCCUUAUUUUUGAGUAGGUACUCUGAUGUUUUUCCAAAAGAAAUUCCAGCAUCCUGUCCAAGCUACCACAGAUUGAAUCUAACGUUAUCCGUUAUAUAGAAUAACUUGCCUGAUAAUCUGUGAGUUCAGGUUUUAAAUUCUGUUAGGCUUGAAAAUGGGCCUCUUUUGACAGAGAUGUUGCCAUCUACUGGCUCUUUGAUGCUACUGUUGAUCAUUCAAACCCCCUAGAAAAGUCCAGUCACUUCCCUUUCUUCUCUUCCUUUUGUUUUUCUAGGGCUUAGCUCCAUCGGCCCCAUCCGUGAUGCACCCCGGGAUACCACUGCAGACAGGAAGUGGUCAGUAUGGAUGCAGUGAUUCAUUUCAGCAGGCUCUCAUUUUGUGUCCCCCCACCCUUCAAGGUAGGUUGAGUAAAUCCAUGUUUCCUUUAUUAAAAGUUAUUCAUUUGCUCGGACUUAGUCCUCUUAAAAUCUUAUUGUUUUGGUAUUUCUGACCCUGCAGGCAUCCCAACCAACACAGCGAAACCAGCUGGCUACUCAGUUCGGAUGGAGGCCUCUGUGCCUCUGGUCACUCAAGCCCCACCCAUUCAACCCAUACAAAUCAGACCUGGAGUUAUCACACAGGUAAGUGGGUGGAAAGUGAAAAGUACAAGUCACAUCAACAGUUGGUAUUUUUGUGGAAGUGUGGGAGUGAAUGUUUAAGACGUCAAUCUUUGAUCUGAGGCUAACGAAAGAGUCAUGGGAGCAUAAUGACCACAUGCAACUGAUCCGUUCAUCUAAAACAGGCCUGGUCCAACCGUGCACAGCAGAUUCUGGUGCCCACUUGGCAGCAGGUGACAUCAGUGCCCCCACCACCACCAACCACUUUGGCAUCUGACACUGUGGCAGGCUCACAGAGAUUGGGUGACUGGGGGUAAGCAAUUUGUUUGUCUGAAUCAGGAUUAGAGUCAAAAUGUGUUUAGCACUGUGUGGGUCUACACAUCAAAAUAACUUGUCUGUACUGGUGCAACACAGCAAAUAAUGAAACACACAGCAGUGCUGCUACUAUUGUAAACCUGACUAAAAGAGAAUAUUCAAACAUAAAUAUUAAAUAGAAUAUUAAUGAUAUUGAUAUUUUACAGUCUAAUCAAAGAAGGGGACACAUCAGAAAUGUGGAAAACUUUACUUUAAAUAUAGUCUUAGUCAAUGAGUCGACUUUGUAGUGUACAGGGGUAUUAUACUUAUGUAACAUAAUAAAUUGCAUUAGAAUUAUCCAUGUAGAAACAGUGUAAUAAUGUAACAGUUACAUUCAGAGAGAGUCAUAUAGUAUUUUUUAUGAUACUUCAUGCACAGCUCUCCUGAUGUGUUCCUCAAAAUUCCAGUAAAUUAAAUCAUAUGAAGCAUUUUUAUUGGUGCUUGAUUACCUCCAGUUGCUAUGUACACUCUUGAGAAUGUCUGCGGCGCUCUAAUUCAGCACGCCGGCUCCCCUGAAUGUUAAUGAUCGAUGAGUCAUACAUGUCCUUUGCGACCGUUGACUGAGAGCAUUUUGUCAGUAAUGGUGCUAAAGGCUUUUGGCUCAGUUUGCGAUGUUCUGUUUUCUCAAUGCAGGAAAGUGCGUCCCCAUGGUAACCAUUACAGCUCCAUGAUUGCACACCCUCAGCCAUUCUUAACCAACCAAAUGACCAUGUCCGCCCACCAGCCAAUCAACAUCGGCAUUGCACAUGUGGUGUGGCCACAGCCGGCUGCCAACAAGAGAGCUAAGCCUUGUGUGAACAGGUAUGACACUUGAGUUUACCUCUUUGCGAGUAAGUCUCAUGAACGUUUACAAAAAAGGGUCCAGCUUUUCUAAAAGUGUGUUUUCCGACAGGGGCAGCAACUUCUCCCAAAACACAAACAUCCAAAACAUAGCAUGCCAGUCCCCAAAGAUGGCCGAUACAGCAAAGAAUGUGGAGGAGGUCGAGGAGGAGGCAGCCAGAUGCCCAGAAGAGGGGCAAACUGCUGGGAAGGAGCAAAGAACAGAGCAGGUGGAGGAAGAGGCGAAUUGCUGUAAAGUGGCACCAGUGUGUGAAGAGCUUUCAGUUUCGCAGGAGCAGCGGCAGGGCAUGGUGAUCGCUGAUCUAACCAGCCCGACUGUGAGUGUCAUCAGUAUCAGCAGCGACGAAGAGGAGGGCGCACAAAGACACUCGAUGCGGGAGUGAGUACUGACCAUCCGCUUUCUUUUGAGAUUUUUAAUCGCCUCUUCAAAAGUCUCACUUUAUUGAUCUCUUUGCAAACAGGUGUAAGGGAAGUGCAGAUUGUGAGGCGUGUCAGAGCACUGUCAGUAUGGAGAGGGUCUGCUCCCUCAGCAGUCCAGACAGCACGCUUAGCACCAGCUCCUCAGCUUCUGCCCAGUCCAGCACCUCACCCUGCAAACACCCAAACAGGUACAAUCAAUGCAAAACAAAAAAGAAGAAGAAAAAGCUUCCACAGCCAUUUCGCUCGAUGCGACACUAAUUGGCACACAGCAGCGAUUGUAACUUCCUUCCUCAUUUGUUUUCCCUCUCGCAGUAUGUCGGACGACGAACAAGAGAGCGGUUGUGACACAGUGGACAGCUCGCCCGCCUCAGACGCCUCUGGCCCUAGCAACAGUCCUUUCACAGAGAGACGCUUCAUCCCUGACACCAACCAGAACUGCGAGCCCCGUGUGGCGUGCGUUGCCCCGGAGACCGAGCCCAGCAAGCCAACAGUUCGUACCGUUGUGGUGCCUCCAAUGAGGGUGCAGAACAACAACAACAACAACCCCGCUGUCGGUGAAACACCUGGCAACACAGGUAAAACCAGACAGAUGGCACAGUGCUCUUACAGAUGCAUUUAGUGGAUCGGAAUAAUGAUAUAAGUGUGAAAACUGUACAAAGAGAGGAGAGUUAGACCAAGGUUCUCUCCGUUUCUGUAUAUCUGAUGGUGUUAUCCCCUCUUGAAGACCAGCUGAGUAGGUCAAGUUAGCUCAAAGGUCCAGUCACACUGCUGCUGUCUGCUCCACAGGUCACAUGGCCUGGGAUUAUGCCGUCUUUGUAGGCCACAGAGGUUCUCACAGGUGAUUAUGGGUGACCUACCCUGACGUAUCCGCUCUGCUGUCUAGAGUGGAUAUUUGUUUGCUGUCAACACUCCUCGCUCUGACUCUCAGAGCCCCUCUGUCUGUGUGAAUUUCUCCAAGUUGCAUAUGCAUGCGUAAUUGCCCUGAAAUCUUCAAUAUCCUGAGUAAACCCUUUUAAAAAACACCAGCCAGAGAACAUGGACACAUUAUCUGGCGGUUAUAAUCAAUUUGGUGUAGGAUGAAUGUUUCUUUCAGGUGCCCAUGUGGAGUUACGCAUGCUAUAUGUAGGUUUUAAAACAGCUGUGCUCAUGGGACACACUGUCUCUUUCAGCGACAGAGUUCAUGUGUGACUUAGAUCUUUAAAGGUCUUUUAAAGUGGAGGGUUCAGCUGUAAAUCCACAGUCACAUCGCCUCACAUGUCAAAGGCAUCUCUCUCCACAACCCUCAAACUAUUGCAACUUAAGCCCAACAUAAAAGGGCACAGCUUGCUAUUCUAGUGCCACCAGGUGUAUUUAUAGCCGAUGGUCUGACCCCACUAUAAGAUCUAUGAACAAGCUUGGUUACCAACUCCUCCCAGAUCCCCCAAACACAUCUAUUUAUAAUCACCUAGAUCAAAUUCAGAGGACAGAUGCCACUAUGUUUAAAGGUUUGGGACUGAUCAAACACUAAUAAGAUCCCUGAUAAGCCGUCAGAGCCUCCUGUCACUGAUCGUCACUGAAGAGGCUGUUUCUGUUGUUGAAGUUGAAUCGAAUCUUUGGUUGCAUCUCUUUUUGCCUCUUAUUUACAUUCUGGUUUUGAUAGCAAGACACAGCAUGAACCGGGGCAACUUAUUUCCCUAUAAUCUCUCCCUCCCUCUCUCUCUCUCUCUCUCUCUCUCUCUCUCUCUCUCUCUCUUUCUCUGUCCCACCCUCUUUAUAUGACUUCCUUCAUCAGUCAUAGAGUCUGCAUGCCAGUCCAAAGGGCGAGGCAUCCCUGGGCGACAACACCACCACUCCACUCCCCUCCUCAACAGGCCGCAGAAGAUCCCCCCUGCAUUCCAGCCUCAACAACAGCAGCCUAUAGGCUUUGGGCAGGUGAGAACAUGCUGUCAUAUACAUGCGUUACACAAUCACAAGCAGAUAUAAACAGAGCAUGUAAAUAUGCAAAAUUUUAUAUAACAAGGCCUCCAGCACUAGCUGGCUAUAAAAGCGCUAGUAAAACCAGAGACGUUAUUGAAGAUGGCAGAAUACAUUUAAGUUCAAAAGAAGACAAAACUUCAAGCUUGGGUGUAAUCACCAGCAGAAUAUCCUGCUUUUGUCCCUCUGAAAACAGUUUGAAGUGCUUGCCAACAGGAAGUCACUCUAUCUUUUAAAAUUGUCAUGUAAAUAAGCCGAGACGGUGGAAUAUUGUGGCUGGAAGUCAAAUUUCCAGGGUGACUAAUGUGGUUGUGACUACACUGUGUGCAUUAAGUUGAUAAAAAGCACAACUUCUGAAGUGCGGCAGCGGAGUGCACACUGCAUACAGUAAAUAGAGUCUAAUUUUUCUGCCACAGUCGCUUUUGUUGCCGACAGAUCUAUCAGCCCUGCUCAAAAUGACUUGCAGCUGGUGGAUGAACAUUUCUCAUUGUGACUGCAGUGAGGGCAUUUACUUUGAUAAUGCUUACUUAAUGCACUUUGCGGGAGAGAAAGAGAGUGAGUGAUAUUGAAAUGUUCUGCACACAAAUUAAGAUGAAAGAAACAAGAGUUCAGGAGUAGAAACGGUGUCACUUAAAGGUUCCUGUGCUAAAUGCUGAGUGUGAAGACGUUAUUCCUCUCUCGUUCAGGUGCAGCAUUUCGGUUCCUGCCAUCAGGAAUGGAACGGCAACUUCGCCCACCGGAGACCACAAGCCUAUAUUCCUCCCACCAUGCAUGGCCACACAUUCGCCCUGUCCCACAGCAGCCCAAACCACACCGCAGGCCCCCACCCCCACCUUGGGGGCCACCCACACUCCCAGGCCACCUUACUGUCAUACCCCCCGUCUGGUCCCCUGGUCACGGCAGCACCCGUGGCCCACCUCCUGGCUUCCCCCGUCGCCUCCCGCCCCGUCCUCCAGCCCACCUACAACAUCUCCCACCCGGCAGGCAUCGUGCAUCAGGUCACGGUGGGCAUCAACCCCCGGCUGCUGCCGUCUCCCACCCUGCACCCCCAGGGCCAAUUCAAGCCCCUCUUUCCCCCGCACUCCUACAUCGCCUCGCCAGCCUACGCCAGUUUCCCUCUCAGCCCUACCAAAAUAAACCAGUACCCUUACAUUUGAGCACGGCUGCCCGGGUCCCCUUCAUACCACCUGAGGGCUAAAUGAGCAGGGCGAGAUGUAUCUAACCACAAACAACAUGGUUUUCAUUUCCAAAACCAUGGCACAACCACAGAGAAAGCAAGCUAUUUUUUGAAUCAUGUAGACUUGGGUGUAAUUGAACUUCAAGCUUUAAAAAAAGAAAAAAGUUCCAAUGGUGGAGAUGAUUUGGGUAUAAAUUGAGAAGGAAAUAAUGUAUGAGUGAUUGAAUGAAAGAAUGAAUGAGUAGUUAAACUCACACUUAAUGUGUUUUGCACAUUUGAUAUAUCUUUGCAUUGGAUCUUCUACGAAUACUCCUCAAAACAGGUAAAUAAUUGGGGUGGUGUUGAAUAGUUAGACUUUGCACCCCGGUCCCAGCUAUUUUUCUAUAUUGCCUUCUUACGUGUGCAAGACACAUCCAUAUUUGUAAAGCCAUCCCAGUCUCUAGCUCUAGAUUGACAGAUGCACACGUUGUCCACAGUGUAUGUUGUACUGCGUUUGAAGUAUUUGUACCUUUUCGGUGUCUUUUGGUGUUAGCAAUGUCAAGUCAAUUAACCGAAUUUAAAUAGGGUUGUUCCUCACGCUGCAUGUGGUCUUGCAUGAGCAAAAAAUGUAAACAGAAAGAUGCAUAGACGUUGCUCUUAUUGUUCGUGUCACAAGACUCGCUGCAUUGUAUAACUGUCCCCAGCCAUAGUGCCUUACAUAUUUGAGGUUGUUAAUGUUACUACUUAUAUAUGACUAUAUACAUGAAUAUUAAUGUACUGGACUGCAGCACUUGAAAUUCCAAUCAGUUGAUGCAUCCUAUGUGUGAGUAUAUAUAUGCACAUGUGUAUAUGUCCAUGCAUAGCCUGCAUUGAUGUGAUGUAUCGCGGAUAGCGGUGCUUAUAUUUUGGAGUCGGUGUAAAUUUCAGUGUGUAGUGAGUUACUUUUCUGUUCUUUUAAAGAAGAACAGCAUGCUUUGCUGUUGCGAAUGCUUACUGUUUCAUGAAAUACGUUUUUGUUUCUUUUUCUUUUUUUUUUUCCCUUCUCUGUUCUCCCUCUCCCCGAAUGACUAGUGUACAAAGUGCAAGUACUGAGUAUUGCUUAAUAUUUGAUAAUCACUUUCUAUUUAGUGAAACUCUUAUUACAAACAGCAUUUUUACUGUUUGAUGAAACUGCAAUACAAUCUAAAUAGUCGAUUAUUUUUUUUUCUUUUUCGUCUUCGUAUUUUUCAUUUUUUGAGUGUUUUCACUUUGUUUCUUAGAUGUUUAGAAGUGUGGUGGGCAUGGCUUUGAUUAGGUAAGGAAAAAAUGCAAAUUAAUUCACGGUAUGGAAACUUCUAAGCCUGAGCAAACCAUGCAGUAUUUGAUAUACACACAUAUAUGGACAUAUAUUAUAGAGCUAGACUAUUUAGUACAGAUGCUUGAUAAGGUGUGAGUUAAUUGUGUGCAAUUCUCUCAUUUAUGCAUGUGUGACAAAGUUAACUUUUUCCCUUUACAUUAUACCAUUUGUUAAAGGCUUAAGGCUUAUCGGUGUCGACUGCUUAUUUUAUACAUUCCGUCAGGGAGGAUAUAUACAUAUAUAUAUAUAUGAUGGUAGCACCACUCAUUAUAUAUAUAUGUAGAUAUGUCGUGUGUGCAUUUUUUCUGUUCAUUUUACUAGUUAUGUGUGUAAUUUUUUCGUCUUUUAUUUUCAAAUGAAGUUGCUUGUGCAGCACCAAAGACUGUAAUUCAUUUCCUGAGCAAGGUAGCUAUUCUGUUUGCAUAGACCUCAGUUAUACUGUAGUCGUAGAAUGGGGUUAAUUAAAACGAAUAAAAAAAAAUUUGUAUUUAAAAGAAAAAAAAAAACGGCCGAGGUUUUGUCUAGCUUAUUGGGCAAUUAAUAAGUCGUAUCAUUUCUUCUUGAAUGUAUCAUAGAUAAGCUGCUAUAUGAUGAUUGCCACUUCAAUAGCUGUGAAAUUAGGUGAUUUCUCUGAGUUUAAACCUAGCGUUGCUAUUUUUGUAUAGGUCCCUAAUUAUCUGAAAUAGAAGUGGUUUUGAUUUUUGUGUUUUGCGUUCAUAUUUGGAGUGUCAUUGUAACUACUGUAUUGCUGAUGAUGAACAUUAGUUGCAUUUGUUGUUUCUCGGGGUGUGUGUUUUUGCAUCAGUAUUUUAUCCUUAUUAACCUUUCGGGCUCAUCACUGCAUAUAAAUGAUGUAUCGAUGUAACUUAAUUUUUGUAUGUUUUCAUAUGGACGUUUUGUACACAUCUAAAGCUGUAGCUUGCAGGAUUGAUUUAACUUUUUCAUUGUGUGUAUACAGUAUACUAGCAGUUCUCUUUUAGUGUGUUACAGGAGCACUGUGAGAUGCCAGGACAAAAAAACAAACAAACAAACAAAACAUCCAUCGUGUCGAUUGGAAAGCUUCUGUAAUAGUUCCACCGAUUACACACAAACACGCUCGCCACAAAGCGCUCAUACAGGUAGUUAGGCUUGUAAGGGUUGAGGUGAUAACAGACUGUGUGUCCAAAAAUGACUUAAGCCCAAUGUUUCUGUUCCAAAGUAAUGUUUUACAGCUUGUUUUCAUUGAAAUCGAUUUUAAUUUGAGCUAUUUAUUGCAACCUUUUACCUGUUCAAUGUUAUAUCUGGCUGGAAUAUCCGUUUCACAGUUUGAUACUCUGAACUGCCUUGUGUUCGGAUCGCUCUCCCCUUUAUGAGUGUCUCAUAUCAAGAUGUUUCGUUAGUGCAGAAGUACGGCCAUUGUUAUGUGUUCCUUACUGAAAUUGAGACAGUGUGAGCAGCACUGUGUAUGUGCCUUGAGAUUCAGAAAGUUCGAAUUCAAGAUGGUGAUACCUCACCGCUAAUUCACGGAGGAAGGCAUAGAAUCCAAAAACAGUCCAUUACAGAGUAGAGCAGACAGUUUAUAACAGCCACACAUACAGGAAAACUACAAGAAGACACAUAGUAGGACUCCAUACUCUCCCGUUUGUGAUAACACACCAAUAAAACACACACACACUUUGAAUGAUAUGACACUCUACGAUCUUUGGAUAGUCACUCUGGCUGAACAGCAGAUGCAAUACUUUACAUUGUGCGGUCAUUGCACCACCAAGUGUUCUUAGAUAAUCUCCAUGCUUUACAUAACGUUGCAUGUACACCUAAGUUGCUUCACUGUGUCUUGCCUAGAAGCUGCCUGCUCUGAGCAGCUUUUCCCCCCAUCGUGCAAGUUAAGAAUUAGCGAGAGCAGCCAGAGCACAGACAGAUGACUGGCCUUUUAAAAUCCAAGAGCCCCGCUUUUAAUCCAGGAAACAGUCUAUCUGGAUGUUUACUCUGUGCUCUGGAUGUAAACCGCUCUGUCAAGGAGAUUAUUGUGGUCCGUCAUGGGUGCAAUACUCCACAUUUAAACACUGACGUGGAUAAAUAAGGCUGUAUGUUUUUUAAUAGCUUUUUUCUAUCUGUAACGCUUUUAACUGAUCAUACUCAAGCGUCAUUUUGGGAAAGGAAGCUUAUGACAAAGAGGCAUGCACUUGGCAGAGUAGUGCUUGAAAACAGUUCCCCAAAUAUAAGCAUGUGAAGUGUAAAUCUGUGUUUUGAUUCCUCCAAAGGUAUUCACCAGCAAUGCGCCUGCAUAAACUCUCCCGUACGUGUUAGGAAAAGAAUGGAUGCAAGAGGAGAGAAAUCUUAAACUGUUUUUAAUUUUCCACGUGAUUGACACCUUUGGUUAUGGAUUUGUUUUUUAAUUUGAGGGUUCGUGUAACAUUUAACAGAUAAAACAGUGGUUUGUAAAAUUUCUUCUUUUCAAGUUUUGACUUUGAUAUCAGAGAAAAAAAAAUCCUCUGCUGCGGUAUUAUCCUUUAGAGAUGUUAAUUCAGGGUCUGUAUUAGUCUAAAUGUGCUACUGUGUUGCUCUUUGAUUUGAUUUGAUUUGAUUUGAUUUGAUGAGAUUUGUUCUACUCAAGCUCUUAUUUUCUGGUCAUCUGUAUCAAUUUCAGAGUUAAUUCACACUGCAAGUUAUGGAAUCAUCUGUUUAGAUUGAUCAUUAAUUAGACUUGAUCAUGAAAUCGGAACUGUUACUGUUUUAAUACCUGUAGAUUUUUUGUGGCUUUGUUUUUCUUCCGUUUGUUUUGUUUCUGUUUUAUUUGCUUUUUUAUUUCGUGCUACACUAGUUUGCCAUGUAGCAAUUGCACUGUGCAAUAUUUACAGUAUGAGGACUGGGAAAACUAACUCUAUGGAUGUGAUGUCUAUUUACAGUUUGCGAUAGUGUUUCCUCUCUAGUUCUCAGUGAUUUAGGUGUGACCAAGCCUUCUCUACUUUGUCACAUUAAGCGGGUUUUCCAGGUGACUCUUUUGGUGAGUGUCAAAAUAAGACUUUAUGGUGUAUUAUUGUUAAGAUUCACUUUGAAUUAAAAAAAUCUAUUGGAGCAACUUGA